AAAAGUGAUCGACAGAUCCAAUGAGGGGAAGGCAGCCAACGGGCUUCCACGGAGACUGGAGACAAUUGAUCUGCGGGAGCUGGCUCAGGCUCCCUCUUCAACGUGAGGCGUGCACAGCCUCAGCCUCGCAGCUCGCCGGACCUGGCUGCAAAGCUGCGCGGCUGUGAUCCGGGGCCACUUCCUCGUGGCGGCCGAAUCGCGCUAGAUCUCCACCAAGCCGGCCAGACCCCACUGGCGAAGCGGGUUUCUUUUCUGUUAUUUUGCUUUUUUCAUUGCUUGCUUGUUUUGCUCUUUGCUUGACAUUUCCCUGAGAGGCAAAGUGCGCCUCAGCAGCCAGCCAGCCGCCGUCGGGUCCCCACGUGCACACGCGGGUGCCGAUCACAUUGGCAGGCUGGUGCUGCAGACUUGAAUUUGAGGAGUAGCGGGAGCAGAAGCAGGAGCUAGAGAAAGAAAGAAGCGAGUUUCUCAGGAGCUCUUUGGCGCAGCAAGGGUUGCAAAGAGAAGGCAUUGAUUGCACCGAGUUGCGGCGGCGGGAGCAGCAGCAGCAGCAGGAUGCCGGCGGCUGCUGGCGACGGGCUCCUGAGCGAGCCCCCCGCGGCGAGCUUCGGCGACGGCGGCGACGAGCCCACGACGCCCCCCCUCAGCCCCGAGGGGACGUUCCUGGCCGCCUGGGUCAACGCGGCCGCGUCCCGGGAGCGGCUCCGCGAGUUCCAGCACACCAAGCGCGUGGGCAAUUACCUGAUCGGAAGGAAGUUGGGCGAGGGGUCCUUCGCCAAAGUGCGGGAAGGGCUGCACGUCGUGACCGGAGAAAAGGUACUUGGCUCUCGCCCCGCGCUCGAGGGGGGGGCAGCCUUUUGUUUUCCCGCCAUAUGAACCGAGUCAGGCUUUGUUGCCCCCGAGGUGGCCCCACGUGAGGCGACCUCGCCGCCUAUUCCGCUGCCCGGACUGCUUCGGGCAGUUGCCUGCUUAUCGCCGCUUUGUCCCAGUACCGUCCCAGCCUCCCCCCCGCGGCCGAAAUUUGGUUGAAUGUCCGGUCAAGCGGUUCCCUCUUCCCCGACAGCCCCCCGCCGCCUCGCCCGUUCGCUCUGUCUAUUCGCGCGCCGCGUUCCCCAAAUUCCCGUCAGGGAGUCGCCCCCCAGGGGCCGCUGUUCGCUACUUUCCCGCUCGCCCAGACGCUUCUCCCUCCGGUUCUCUUCCUAUCCUUUGUAAUAAGGAUGGACGAGAGCUCUAGCGCUGGCUUUUUUGCUUAAAUGGGCAAGCGCCCCCCGCGCUUUCCGUGCGUGGGAUUCUUCCUAUGGCAAGGGGUAAUAAUAACAAUAAUCAAGAAACAAAACACAUAGCAGGAGGGGUAUUCCAGUGUUGAGGUGCACCAAGAGAAGAGAGCCACCAAAGACAUAAAAUGUGAGGUGGCCGAAUGCAGCAAUGCCUUGUGGCACUUAAAAAAAUAUGACAGCACAAUCCUAUGCCUGUGUGCAAUGGUUGUUGUAUUGUGCUCCACUGAACAUACAGUAAUGGGAUUAAUCACUGUAUAAGCAUGCAUAGGGUUGUGCUUUUUAAUGUGACAUGUAAGCUGCCUUGAGAACCAAAGAGGAACUCUGCUGAAUCAGGCCAAAGGCUCAGCUAGCCCAAUAUUCUGCCAACCUAGCAGUUCAAAAGCACACCAGUGCAAGUAGAUAAAUAGGUACUGCUGCUGCAGGAAGGUAAACAGCUUUUUCAUGUGUUCUGUUACUCGGUACGGUGUUCCGUUGUGCCAGAAGCGGUUUAAUCAUGCUGGCCACAUGACCCACAAAGCAGUCUGCGGACAAACGCCGUCUCCCUCGGCCUGAAGCGAGAUGAGCACCGCAGCCCAUAGUCCCUUUGACUGGACUUAACCAUCCAGGGGUCCUUUACCUUUUACCUUCUGUUUUUAUUACAGUGUAGAGGCUGUUGGUCCAAUAGAGACUAUGCCACACACACAAAAACACAGAAGUUGUGUGGCCAUAGCAAAGUACACAGUAAUCAGUAGCUGCCCAGGCUUUUGCAGUAGAUAUGUUAUGCAUUUUCCAAUUAGUAAAAAUAAAGCAUUUAGUGCUGCGAAGAUGCAAUAACACUACAACAGGCGCUCAAUACAGACUGUAUCUGGAUUUGACAUAACGAAUGGGUGACAACCGCACCUAGAAAGGUUCUUGCUUUUGGCAUUAUUCAGUGUGUGCUCUAAAUAUAAUAACUUUGUUGAUAACAUGCAGCUUUGCUCAAUAGUAUAUGACACAAAUGACCAUGCUUAAUUAAACCACGUACACUUAAAUGGUAGUGUAAGGGAAAUAAGUAGGGCCAUUCCAGGACAACUCCAAAAUGUGAUUUGAAGAUGACAACUCCAGAAUAUUUUGGAAACUCUUACCAAACAGGUAUGUGGGUUAAUGCUUGACAGCGACACUGGACUCUUGGGUAAUUGUGGUGUGUGACCCAGUGAUCCAGAUAUCUUGUAUGGCUAAACUUCAGAAGUGUUUCUGGUUAGAUUACUAUGGGCUGUCUCUGAAGAUCCAAAUAGCAUAUAACAGCCACCAGGAUGCUUUUGGGAGUCAAGCGCUUUGAUCAUGUACACCUAUUCCCUGCCAGUUGCAUUGGCUGUCUAUUCAUAUUCAAGCUCAGUUUAAUGUUAUGUUCUUAACCUUUAAAUGGUUUGGGACCAAUUAAUUUGAAGUACCAUUUUUACCUACCCAGGUGUUGGGGCUGACAGUAGAGGCCCUGCUCUGUUGCUUUCCCUUAAUGAGCUAUCUUGCUGGUGGGUAUCAGGGACAAACCUUUUCCAGCACUGACUCCUCAGCUGUAGUUUCUUUCUCCAUGAAGUGCAUAUGACCCUCUCUUUGAUUUCCUUUCAGACAUCAUCCUUAGCUUCUCAUCAUCCUUUUAGUGAAGCUCACUUGAUCGUUUAGCUCUUGCUGUUUGUUUUAAAUUUUAUUUUCAGUAUUUUAAUUUUCAUAAGAAAUAUGAAUUUUCUUAUGCAUUGUGGUAAUGCACCAUUUGAAUGGGGUCUCUAAAAAGUAUAUAAACUAAAUAAAUAUGCUUCAGGUUAUUAAAUAUGCUUAAGGUCACAGUUCACAUUACCUGGAAGUAAGCAACAUUGAACCAAGUAAAUCCUUGUAGGAUCAGUCUUUGUAAUCAACACAUAUUAUUUUAGUCAAAAAAAAAGUUUCUUUACAGUCUACCUCAUUUUUUGUCAUUUGAAGGUUCUUUUUUUUACUAAACAGAUGCCAAUACAAUAAGACAUGUUGUUUCUUUUGUACAUGCAGUCUGGUCCUGUACAUGUUUACUCAAAACUAAAUCUCACUGAGCUUAAUGGAGCUUGCUCCCAAGUAAACAUGCAGAGAAUUAUCAGGUUCAGGUAACGAGUUGUUAUUUCAUAUCUGCUUCAUAGUGUCCUCUGGUGCUGUGUUCCUAAAACGUUGGGUCAUGCCCUUGUUAUCAGGAGAGUUGUAAAAGCAGAGGUUAAAUGAACAGCAGUUAAAGCAAUCUCUUGGGGACAGCAAGAGAAAAUAGAUAUAGAAGUGUUGCUAGAAGAACAUCAAGCUUAGAUGUUGUUGUGGCAGAAAUAUUUAACUAGUAGAUCCAUUUAUCAACUAACAUAUUUAUGUCAAUCAGAAAGGUGCCCUUGAUUUAUCAAGCAGAUGAUUUUUUUAAAAAAGUAAAAACUUUAUUUUUAAUAUUUAUACUACCUACAUACUGCAAGCAUUCCCUUCAUUCUGAGGAGGCAGAAUGCAUUUUCUAAGAUUAUACCCACUGCAUCAUCUAAAAACAAAAGUAUUUCCCCUAUUUUUCAUAUGCAAACUAAUUUAAUUUAAUCAAUCAAGCAAACAAUUAAUUGACUAGGUUUCAUACCAUUAAUUAAACAAGAUUUAUUUGGGCAACAGUUCUAUUGGCUGACAACAGGGAGCUGGACUAGGACUGAAUAAUUUAAGGCUCAUGAGAGCUCAUAUAUGAUUCUAGAGUAGGCACUUUACUACCUCUGUUUUUCUCUUGCCUUCUCGCCUAAGUGAAUCUGCCUCAUCAGUCCACUUAUCCCAGGACUACACACACACAUAGUUCUGAAUUUACAACAUGCUUUAAAGAAAGCAAGACUUCUUUAUGCUUCCAUUCAUCUAAGACUGGACUUCAUCUUCAGUAAUACAGACAGAAGACAUCAGGGCUCAUAAGAGAUAAGACAUACACAGGAAUGGCAGUGCUGUACUCUUCCUGGAUAAGCAAAUUUUUAGACUAUUUAAGAGUAUAUGCUGCAGAAUCUUCCUAAUCCGUAGCCUUCUUUAUGUGUUACUCGCAUGAUGGGGUUUCCAUGUAAUCAAGGGAGAGUUGGUCUGUGAUGUUCCCCAAGAUUAAAUUGUUUUCUCUGCCCCUGGUGUGCACCUAUGCAGACAUCCAUGGGUAAUACCUAGAUGUCAAGGCAGGGUAAACCUCACAGAUGAGACCUGUGGCAUGGUUCUGCUACCCCUUGACUGCAUAGAGACCCCUUUGCAUGAGUAGGGCAUUACGAACUAGGGUCUAGGUUUGUCACUUUUUCCUGACAGGCUCCCUAUAUUUCUGCCUGUCAUGCAGCAGAUAAAACAGGUUCUGUUUCCCCCAGCCUGGAGAUGUAGUGAUGGGGAACUGCUGAAUUAUGUUGCUAUACAGCUGUUAAAAGCACCCACAUUCCAACUGUCUUUUUCCAGCAGCCGCACUCAAACUGUCACUCACUCUUAGCUCCGCCCAGCAUUCCAUUCCACUCCCUUACUGUCAAUCAUUCUUCCAUUCAAGCUUCUUGUCACAUUGGAGUUAUCAAAUGCUAAGAGCUGUAUACGGAGUGGCAAAGAGCUUUUUAUGUCAGGGGACUCAACUCUGAAGAAAUCUAUGUCUCUUUCAUAAAUGUGGCACUGAUUAAUGAGUUGCAGUUCACAUUGGUGCAUUGUGCAGAUCCACUCGUCAAAGUGACUGUCAAAUCAAAGUUUUAUGUAGGACUGCCUCUGAAAACAGUUCAGAAACUUUGGCUGGUGCAGAAUUCGGUGGCCAGGUUGCUCACCGGAGGAACAAUGCAGAGUGCUGGUUUGCCCAAUUAAGCCUUAAACAGCUCAGGACCGCAAUACCUCAAGGACCUCUUCUCUCCAUAUGAACCUACCUGGACCCUGACAUCAUUUUCUGAUGCCCUUCUUCGUGUGCCUCCUCCACAUGAGAGGUCCAGAGGGUGGCAGCAGAAGAAUGGACCUUUGUGGAAUACUCCGGCAGGGAGGUUCAGCUGGUGCCUUCAUUAAAAACCUUUAGGCGCCAGGCAAAAAUGUUCCUCUUCAACCAGGCUUUUGGCUGAUUAACAUCCAAUAUCCUUUUUACAUGUGUUUGGGGAAGGGGUUAUUGGUUUGAAAUAAGCACAACAAAAUUUAUCUAAGCCAUUUUUUUUGUUACUGCCAGUGUUUUUUUUAUGGGGGGGACGCAGGGGAUAUGUAUACCCCUAAACAUUUUAGGGGUCUAAGUUUGGCCUCAUUGAGGGGCAGUAUUUCAAUAUGAGUAGGAAAAUGAGAGUACCCCUAAACAUUUUUAUAGAAAAAAGCACUGGUUAUAGCUAUAGGGUUUGUCUUUUGUAUUCUAUUUAAGACAACUCUUUUAUACCACUUUCAUGUUGUCAGACUAUGGUUUCCUUACCCAAUAUGAAUAUAGAGAAGAUUGAGGCAGUUAAACAUAUAUUAGCUGAAAACAAGUGAGGCAAGCUAUUUUUACAGUGGUAUUAUAAUAAAGUAAUGUAAACUUUUAAUAUUGCAAAUAACAUAAUUAGCUUUAGGUGGGUUUCAUGAGUGCAUACGCUCUCUCUUUAAGAAAAGCGAUAGCAACUCCGUACGUUUCCAUGGCAUUAGUUGCAAAGCUGGGUUAAAUAAUACAAGGAGCCCAAACAGAAAAUUCUCUCCUACCAGAGCUGUGCCAUCUGUGUUUCUGACAAGACUGUACAAAUGAAAUAAUGCUUGUAGCAGACUCAUGAAUCUUUCAUAGCCAAGAGUAAUCCAGGACUAGCUUCCUCUGCUAAUAGACAAAACCCCUGCUGGAAUGUAAUGGUCUGUACAAUGCAGGAACCCCAUGUGUCAAGCCUUAUAUAAGUCCUCUGAUGGGUGUCUAUGGAUCUGGGAGGGUUCAGUAGCUAUUCCUUCUAGUCAGCCAGCCUACAACUGGGAUACAGUCUCAGAGAGAUUAAAAUUCAUGCCCAGUUUAAGCAAACAUACAUUAACAGUUUUAUGUUUACCCAGCUGCCCUGAGACCUCCAGGUAUAGGGCGGUAUAUAAAUUCAAUUAAUAAAAAACUAACUUGGAUCAAUUUAGCUGCAAAACUCUCUGCUACGAUAAAUAGCCAUUGUGGUAUAUAUUUAUUUCUGGAAGUAUUUAAAAUCCAAACUUUUAUACAAGUAUAUCAAUUAAUUAAGAGCCUGAGGUUCAAAUUCCCACUCAGCCAUAAAGUUUGUUGACUCUAUGCCUGUCAUUUUCUUACAACCUAACCCUCUCGAAGGUUUAUUGUGUGAAUGAAAGGGAUAAUAACUAUGCCACUGUGGGCUCCUUGUGAAUGUUGGUACAUACUUGAAUUAGAAGACUGUGUUAUCCACCUCAAGCUUCUGAUGAAAAAACUGAAAACCUAUUGAACAUCUCAAUGCUGCACAACAGAAUUAGUAGAGCCUGCUUGGUGUUUGGAUGAUUGGUUCCUGAGGCUAAAUAAUGCUUGAGUAGCUCAUAGGUUGAAACCAAGGAUAACUCUUGCUGUCACAUAGUUUGCCUUGAUUUCAGCCCACUAAGAAAUCUGUUUAUCCAUUUCAUUAAUGGUACUGCAGUGCUUUAAAAGCUUCAUUCUUCACUUCUUUUUUUUGCAUGAAAUCAGUUUUGAAUUACAGUACCUGGUAGUCAGUGUGAAACAGCUGCUAAAGAUAAGACUUUCACAGGUUGUUGUGCAACAAAAAUAGAGUGACUAAUAGUAGAAGUGGUCUUAUUUAUAGAAAGCUCUGUUUUUAGACUAUAUUUCUAAAGCAAACAGCUGCUACUCUGUGUAUUUUAGAACCUUGGAAAUGCAGGGGUGGCUUGUGUGGGAAGAACAAGCACUCCACAGAAAGCUAGAAAUUCCUGUUAACCUUUGACAGGUUGAUGUUGAAUGAGGCAAGCAGCCUCUAAAGACAGCUGUGUAGCAGGUCCUGUUGGAUCUGUCAGUGACCAGUCAUUUCGCAUAGAAUUUUUUAAAAAUUACAUGCUGCCAUAGCAGGCACAUUUCCUUUGAACUGUGUGCCUUGCAUUACCUUUUAAAUCACUUCUGAGGGGCUGAAGUAUGUAUACAAAUAGCAGUGCAGUUCCAAAUCUUCUCAGCAGGUGUUGAGUUUUGCUUUCAGGGAACCUUAAUAAGAUUCAGUCCUAGAAAUAGUUACAGGUUAUAUUGUAUGGUUGUUCCAAGGCAACCGUAAAUGCUUAAGUGGCUAAAUUAACAACCAUUUACGUUUAAAUAUUGAAAAUGCUGAGAGAUUACAUUUGCAGGAAUAUGGACGUUUCCCCCACCUUCAUUUGCUUUAGUUAGUAAAAAUGCUGGCAAAAGUGUAAUCUUCCUCAGAUGUAUUUCUCCUGUAGUUGUUGUGUUUGAGAUAAUCCAGUCUUGUGCCCUGUGAUUAUUACAUGUGCUUGUUUAUACAGUGGUGCCUCGCAAGACGAAAUUAAUCCGUUCCGCGAGAGUCUUCGUCUAGCGGUUUUUUCGUCUUGCGAAGCAAGCCCAUUGACGGAUUAGCGCGUUUAGCGGUUUAGCGGUUUAGCGGCUAUUAAAGGCUUAAAGGCUUAGGGGAUUAGCUAUUAAAGGCUAUUAAAGGCUUAGCAGAUUAGAUAAAGGGGGGGGAAAGCGAAAAAAAAAUCUCAAGACUCGCAAGGUAUUUUCGUCUUGCGAAGCAAGCCCAUAGGGGAAUUCGUCCUGCGAAGCAACUUCAAAACGGAAAACCCUUUCGUCUAGCGGUUUUUCCGUCUUGCGAGGCAUUCGUCUUGCGGGGCACCACUGUAUAUGUGUCAGACCCAAGGUUCAAGUCUCCACCUAACCAUGAAGCUUGCUGGGUGACCUUCAGACAAUCCCUGUUUCUCAGGCUAAUGUACUUCAUAGUAUUGUUGUCAGGACAGGAGGGGGAAACUAUAUAAGAUGCAUCAAGGUCCUUGGUUAUUAUUGGGCUAUAUGUGUAUUAUCAUUAAACCACUGUGCUAUUGAUUAUCCCAUCAUUAAUUAGCUCUAUGGUGGCUUUCCAGGACCUCACCCAGCAGUGGAGAAUGCAUCUUUAAAUGCACCAGGUCAGAGUGGGCUGCAGAGUCUUCUUCCGUCAGCCCUCUCCCCCCUCUUCCUGCCUGCUGUAGUGAGCAGCACUAUGUUUUUGUAUAGCAGCAACCAGGGGAGAAUGGCGGGUAAGGGGACCAGUAGAAGAGCAGCAGCAACUACAUUUCAGUGUGUAGACACUGCAUAUUGGUGAGACCUGGUGAUCAUGUUUUCCUUUGCAUUUGGGCUUUAAUCCACCACACUCAAUAUAGUGGCCUUAAAGUGGAUAAUCAAGCCAGGCAGGGUUUCUAUGACAACUUAUUUUGGAGGUACAGUACAGGCAAGUCCUGAAUGUAAGAAAGAAACCCCUUAACAAAAUUGGAUGGUAUGAGUAACACUUCAAAAAUGGUAAUAUUGUGUCUUUGCUCCUUUGUUUUUGUUUCAUUGGAUAAAUUUAAUCUUCCCAUGUUUUCCUUUUGUAAUUCCCUCCGAGUUACUUCCUGUACACACACUUUUAAAGAAAGAAAGUUGAUUUUCUUCACCAUCAGUUUAAAGGGAAGUGUUAGGCACAAAUUCUUUGUAAAACAUAUAAAACAACCAGUGGAAUUUUUCCUCUCUCCUCAUUUUCUUACACUAAAUUAGGAUGAAGAAUGGUAUAAGCUGCCAUCCCUCUGGCUGGCCAAUGUAGGUGAGGAACUUGAUCACCUGAUUCAACUUUCCUGUUACAGAUGCUUAAUCUUUUGAUAGCACAUUCCUCCCAAGCCGACUAAAUGAGAUGAAUAACUUUAUAUCACAGUAAGAAUUGCCAUGCCUUAUUGUAACUUCCUUUCAGUCCUCAUUUGCCUGUAAUUUUAUCAUUAACCACAAAAUCCAAUCUGCAAAAGUGGGCUUAAAUCUGGUCAAAUGUUGAUUCUUUGUUCAUUUGUAAAGAUACUGUCAAGUUUGUAAAAUGUGAAAUGUAACUAAAUAUUUUUAUGCUGUAUUUUGUUUCCUGUCUAGAUACUUGUUUGAUAUAUAAGCCUCGACAUAAAUAAAAACACAUUUUUAUCUUUUUCUGAGACCUAUUAAAAAUGAACAAACGCAACAAAUUUGGAUUAAGGGAAAGAAAUCUCAAGUCUGAAUGUUGUUGUUGGGAUCUAAAGUACAUUAUCUGUGCAUCCAGAGGCUUUUGCAUUUGAACCAGGGCUGCCACAGUUCUGCUUUUUCAAAGAAACUUCACCUGCUGAAUCGAAUCAGAGUUUCCUACCAGUGGUCCCCUAAGUUUGGGGUACAGCUUUUUCAGUUGCAUUGGAACUCUGGCCAGUGUGUGGGAAGUUUUACAGAACGUUGCUGCACAAGCAACAUUCCCCGUUCAGCCAUUUGGGUUUUGUAGCCUUGGAAAUAGGUUCACAAAUACCUUUACUAGCCUGCCUGGCCACACACCUGUACCAAUCACUUAUGUCACCCUGGUGGCCGGAAUGGGGAUCAAAAACUUCCAGUGCACAGCAGCAUCCCUGCCUGUUCAAUGGGAGGCCAUUCUUGUUCUGAAAACCUGACUAACUGCCAGCAUUAGAAGGAUAGAACCUUGUGGCAGGAAAUAUUGUCUAAUAUGGCACAAUUGAUGCUGUAAUUUUUAUAUAUAAUAAAUCUGUGCAAAUGUCAUAUUUCAAGAAAGGUCAUAUGUUGUUUUAAAACACAUCCAGUGGUUGUAUGGUGGGGGAGGGGAUAGGGCUUAUUGCUUUGGUAAGGUAGCAUGACGUAACAUGUGCAGGAAAUUUUAAAUAGCUUAAUGUUUAAGUCAGGAUAAGCACCACGCUGCUGAGGUGCAGUCACCUGUGUAUUGUUACAUAAUCAGUUCUUUCCUUGGCUACUCAAGUAACAAACCUAUUUAAAAUUGUCAUCCUACACUGCAUGUUUCUAGAAAGGGAAAUGGUAUUUACUACUAAAGUCUGUUGUCUGCAAACCUAGCCUGGAUUCUAGGAAAUUCAUAUUAAUGUUUUUUCCGCUGAAAUUUUCAACGUGUUCUGCAGUAGACUGAAUUAAUGCACAUGUGGCAGGUACUUAUCCUCUUGAGAUAAUCUGCUUUCAAAUUUACAGUAUCUUCAGCAGUGAACAUUGGUAGAGCCUCAGCUCCCCACCCCCUGCGCAUAUAAUCAUUUCACUUGUGGAUGGCCGAUGGUGGAAAUGUUUAACCAGUGUUUAGGUUAAAUUGACACCAGGUAAAUUCUUAUGUGAAAAUCACAUCUGGUUUCUUUUGUAUGUGUUUGUAUUUCUUGCAGUUUUAUGAUGUGUAAGGUUGUAUGCCUGUUCUUGAAGUCAUGCUUUUGUAUAUAAAUGUUUUGUUAGUUAAAGCAUGCCCUCCACUGGAUUCAUUUAGGUUUGAAGUCCUUUUGAAGUUAGUUACACCAGGGAGAACACUGACAUAUUCAUUGGUCAAUUCUGAAAUGUUGCUAUAAAGCUUCAUAAAAUAUUCUAUAUAAAGUCACUGGUUGUGUAUAGUGCGGAGGGUGAGGGAGCAAGAACUUUCCUUUGUCCCCCUUUCUCCAACACAUCUGCCCAAAGAGAAAAAUGAGAGAGAGAACUCUUUUCCUUGCAUGGCCUCCUGUAUCUCUUUCCUCUGGGUUUUCUUAGCUUGGAAGGACAAGAUGGAGUGGGGGCAGAAGGACAGAUUUGUGAAUAUAUGUAUAACGGAGAAGUAAACCUGAAAGAAAGCUCGUUGUUGUGUAAUUUUCUCUCUCUCUCAUGAUUUCUUAUUCAGCCCAAGCCCUUUUCUGGCUUAGAAAUGCAGGAGGGGGGCACCCUGUACCUCAGCUCAUAGAGCACCAAAGGUGCAUAAUGUGCUCUAAUACGUCUCAUUCUCCAUUUUACUUCUCCUGUUGGGAAAUGACAGCUAGUCUGUCACAUACAGAUACCUGGGAAAGUUUAAAGACGGAGGUGUACAUGAGGAUGAGAUCUCAAGCGCUCUUCUGAUUUUGCCACCUUUUCCAAUGGUGUUUCAAAUAUACGCAAUUUCACUUAAACACGUGGUGCCUUGGAACAUAACCCCCACGUAAAUUGGGAGUUGCCUAUAAAGAGGUGGAAAGGCAUUCCCAUGUAACUUGGCCCUCAUCAGAUAUUUGAGCCCCAUGCUCAAGUAAUAUUUGGACAAAAACAGUGCUAAGAACAUUAUCAAUAACACACUUUUUUGAGUGAAACAGGUUAGGUUCUUAUAAAAACAGUUUAAUUAGAACCUUUGUUGGCAGCAGAUGUGUUCAAGAAGGUUCGCUUCAACUUGAAACAUGCCAUUUCAAAAUGAGAAUGUUACCUCUCGAGCUUCUAAUCUGUUCCCUGAGAAAGAAAAAAAUGGGAUCCAAAUUAACAACUGGAACAUAGCCUUGUUGACUUCCUUGCAUGGCAAGGUUCGCGUCUUCUGUGUCAAGGGCCUAGCUUUAGCCCGCUUCGUCAACAGUUAUACUUGUCAACAAAUGCCCCAGCUGACAACAUGAAAUUGCAGCCAGUCUACUUACAUGCAAGUAAUUUCUGUGUUUCUCUUGGAGCAUCUGGAUUGUACAGGAGCACACUGGGGCAAAAGAGUGAGAGGAAGAUUGCUUGUGUGUGCACAACUGAAGCAUCCUGCUGCCCAAGUCCAUAAUUCAGCAUAGCUGGUAAUACCAGAACUGAAAUCCCCUGUGUGUCAAAAGAGCAGUACUACUGUUUUGCUAUGGCAUACAUUUGCUGUAGAAAAACUAUAAAGAACAUUGAGUCAUUACUGCUUUGGAAUAGCUAAAUGUACAUUUCAACACCACAUCUCAAAUGGGAACAUUUACAUGUAUCCUGUCUUAUAGAUCAAUUAAUGUUGUCAUUUUGUAAGUUCUGCAAACAAGUAUUUUCACGUUAGGCUUGGCUAUUAAAAUAACAUUAUUACUUGGCAUGGGUUUUCUGCCUUUGUUUUGCCACAUGUAAUCUGAGAAGUCUCAUCUAUCUCAUUGUAACAGAAGACAUUUGCAACAUUAAAAAGGCUAGUUGUUCUAUUAUCAAAACCAGCUAGAUAGGAUACAUUUGUGACCCAGGCAUUACUUUUGUCUGGCUUUAUUUGAGUUCUGUGUUUUCUUAGUUCAUCUAACUUAAAAGGACCAGAAAAACCUCUGUUUUAUAGCAGUUGGAAACCUGAUUUACUUCAUGGGCAGUUAUGUACAGUAUUCAGCUUUGGUCAACAAAAGGAAACAGACCAUGCUUGUCUUAACAGGUAUUUCAUCUGUCACAGCAAUCAUGCACAAGACUCCUCAUUCAUUUCUGCAACUGCCCAUUGAAAUUCCUUUCCUCUUUGUCAACAGUAUUUUAAGCUUAACCUGGAUUUCUAGUUUUUAAUGGCACAAGGAGCGUGCAUGUUUCACAUUAUUUAUGUAAUGCCAAAAUCCUUGUUUGGAAAAUAUCUGGUGAAUUAUUGAGCAAAUUAACUUACUUCAGAUGUUAAAUUUCUGUUGCUGAUACUAUAAUAUGAGAAACGUAAUUCUUGCUUCAGGGGUGGGUGGGGGUAGUAAUUCUCCUGUCUCCCACUUUAAAGAGAGAGAGAAGGAAUGGACACUUGUCGUGAGGGGAAGGUUGCUAGCAUAGCCUGGUAACUUAGAAGGGAUUUUUAACGACUUAAAACAGGGAUUGCCAACCUAGUGGGCACAUUUCAAAUUUUGAUAGUGAUGGCGGCACCAGUAACAAAAUGGCUGCCAUGGGGACUGUGGCAUAACACAAAAUUAGAGAGACAACCACUCCCAACAGCCUUAUGCUUACCACAGGAAGUCAGCUGUAUCCUGUUGGUCCCGAUUAUGGAGAUCAUCACACACACACACACACACAAUGAUGCUGUUGCUGUCUAACAACAAUAGGGAACAUUCUUCAGCACUAGGAAAAAUAUGCAAGGUAGCACCCAAUAUCUUUCUUUCUAGCAGGGCUGGCACCAAUCUGGUGCCCGUGGGUGCAGGAUUAGCGAACUCUGCCCUAAACAAAGAAUUGCAGGUUCUGUUGUGCAUGCAGAAUGAAAUAAUAUUUAUCGGAAUAAUAUAACAACAACAAUGAAGUCAGCGAUAAAGUAGAAACCUUUGGCUUUACCAAAGUUUAAUGCUAGAGAAAGCAUUGCGAAUGCAUGUGACUUCAUUGACUUGAAUGACUAUUAUUUAGAUUUUAGAUAAAUGAUUUUAUGGGAUGCAUGUGUGUCUGUUGUUGACUGCAUAUUUUAAUAAUUACAUAUUUUAAAAUUCGUUGCAAUUAAUAUUUGAAGGCAAAUGCAUUUGAAUGGAAAUAUUCUUUCCAUUUUUUGAUUCAUUGAUUUUUUUAUUCCAUUGUGUUUCUGCAUUGAACAGUAGUUUGUUCUUUCAAAAAGCAUGAAGGAUUCUCUCCUAUCUACAUAUAAGAAUAUGUAAAUCGGAAUGCAUUUUGCUUUUAACCUUUUAAAUCUAUUUCUGAGUGUGUUUUCUUGAAAUGGUGCUUUCUAGGCAUUUUGUGUAUUUUUAAAGAGAGAGCUGUAUCACAAAACUUGGAUAUGUGCAACAACGGGUGGGGGUUGAUUAGCUGUACUCUUGUCUACCACCUUAAAAAAGAUAUGAGAGUAUACACACCCUAGCAAUGAGGGAGAUGGGCUUCUAGUCUUCAUAUAAUUUUAAGAAAGAAAAAGCUUCCAAAGUGCCAAAUAUUUUUGUGGUAGAAGUAACCUUGCUGGUGUUUAUCUCUUCAUUUUUUUUGAAUGGCUACAUAAGCAAUCCUACUGUUGUGUGCUGCAGUGGUGGAAUGACAUAUUCAUAGGUAAGUGUGGAUUGUUUAAGCCUUAUCAUGUAAAAGAGCAGUAAAUAAACAAUUUAUUUGAAAGGUGACCAUGGGUGAGCAAAUUGUCACUAAUCACAAAUGAUGUCAAAUCCAGCAAAUACCCAUAAUGCUCAUACUACCUCAUUCUACACAGCAGUCAUAGAUGCAAUUGAUACUCUAUGGGGGGGGUGAAUAGAAUUUUCCUAGAAACAAAAUAUUGUAAUUGGAGGGCUUGGGAAACGUUAAGCCUUGAGGAAAGAAGUAGAAGUACUGUACUGCACAGAAUAAUCAUGUGUUAUGGUCGCCAAAUGCAAAGAACAAACAACAGGGAAUGUUCUGCUUGUGAAUUUUGUAAGGGCAUCUGACUGAUCACUGUUGGAGGCAAGGUGCUGAACUUCAUUGUCCUUUGUUCUAAUCCAGCAAGUCAUUUCUUACAUUCUAACACACGUUCACAACUCAUCUAUUGAGUCAUGGGAACUGCCCUUACAGAAAGUAUGGGAGUCACUUAAAUUGCUUCCAUUUCACUGGAACUGCUCCUGAAUUUAAAGUAAGGCUCAUGUUUAAGUGCCUUACCAAAUUUGGCUUGUAAUGCAAGAAAUGUUAUCUUGAAGCAGUAAAAGAACAUUCCUUUGAAUCCCACCUCUCUUGGGAACAGAGUAGUUACAGCUGUGUGUACACAGUUCACAGCCUGGCAACUUGCACUGAAGGAUUUCCCUUUUUUAUUUGGGGAAAGUGUUGAUCUAUUUCAAGACAUGGAUUUGGUUUGAAAAUCCUUUUCUUAAACUUAUAAACCUCAGGGUUGGUUGUGUGUGUGCGUGUGUGGUUUUUUGAAAAAAAGCUUUGUAGGCUGCAUUGAAAUGUUCUGUUUUGUGUCCUUCAGUCUUUUUAAUUACCAGAACAAGCAGUAAAGAACAAAUACCAAAUGAAUCUGACACCAUCUCUAAUCCUUGAAUAGUUCCAUCCUUAAAUGAUUAAAUCUGAAGAUGCAGCUUUUAACUAUAAGCCUCCACUCACUCAGUUACUGUUUACUGUAUAAUAAAACAGAUGGGAUGGAGAUUUCCACUGCGACUGAAUUUCAGUGCUUGUGAGAUAGUUUGAACUUCCGAUUCAGAGAUGACAAUAUGCUGUCCAUUGAUCGUGCAGUGGAUGAGAGUAGGGGCCACUAUCUACCCCUAUUUAAAAUGGGGCUGGGGGAAAUGGAGUAGAUGUUUGAUUAGAGCUGGAGAGGGGAAACAUGCAACAUUCAAACAAAUUUCAGUGCUAGAAUGGCCACUUACUUGAUUUCAGGGUGGCCAGCUGUUGCGAUUCGCUGCGGCGCCUCCAAAGCCUUGCCAUGUUGUUUUGGCCAUUGGAAGCUUCCCCGGCUGCCACAGAGCAUCAUGGGUGGCCAGUAUUUCAAAUCUAGCCUAUCUGUGGCGGCCUGUGGCAGGGCUUGGGGAGCGGACCUGGAGGCUGCAUUCUUCACUCAGGUCUGCUCCAAAUUACUAUGACUGAAUCUGACAAUUUGGCACAAUGUCAUAGAAACAUGGAGCUGUGAUGAUAAAUUUAGCAGCUUGCACUGUAUUUGGAUUUCUGUCCUGAUCUGCUCCUAUCAGCAAUAAUACUGUACAGUGGUACCUCGGGUUACAGACACUUCAGGUUACAGACGGUUCAGGUUACAGACUCUGCUAACCCAGAAAUAGUACCUCAGGUUAAGAACUUUGCUUCAGGAUGAGAACAGAAAUUGUGUGGCGGCAGCGGGAGGCCCCCUUAGCUAAAGUGGUGCUUCAGGUUAAGAACAGUUUCAGGUUAAGAACAGACCUCCAGAACGAAUUAAGUUCUUAACCCGAGGUGCCACUGUAUUUACUUGAGUCUAAUGCGCCAUCAAAUCUAAUGUGCACCUCAGUUUUGAAAUCCUUGAAACCAAAAAAGGUAUUUGCUGGCAAAUGUAAAUGUGUCAUCAAAUCUAAUGUGCAUUGAAUAAUUUUUUUAAGUAUUUGAUGAUAUGACAUCAUUUUGUAAGAGAAUCUGGGGGGAAAUUGUGCAGGGGAAUAGAGUCAUUUUAUCCUGAUGUGUAAAGCAUUACAGUCUAAUCUUAAAAAGCAGCCUAAUCUUAAAGUUAAGCAUUGGUUUACACUGUCAUAAAAUCAUGAACUGGUACAUGGUUAGACAAGCAUCUGAGGAAUCUGACCUUAGGUUUUGCCCUCAGACCUUAGGCUUCGGGGAUUUUCUAUUUUAUAAUCAUGAGACAUGAAAGCAAAAAGGGGAAUCUUUCAAUAAGAAGAUAUUUAUUUUAGGUUUCCAGACCCUUGAUCAUCUUGGUUGCCGUCCUCUGUGCGCUAUCCAACCUAAUUUUUAGGUGAAAAUCUGAAAAAGUGUUAUUAUUUAAAGGUUCACCACAGCUGGGAAAAGUACAUCUCUGAUGUGAAUGGUACAUGUAUACUCACCCUGCCUGCUAAUUAUAACAUAGUACACCUGUACACACCCAAACUGGAUGAAGCACUAACUCCCUUACAUGAAUCAGAGAUCAUUUGUAUGGCCAAUGUGCAUCAGUGACAAUUCCCUUCCAGCAAUUUUUUUGGGGGUCCUUUCCCCAUGUGCUUCUCCGAAUCCUAAGUCUUCCCUUGAUGCUCCUCUUUAACCAAUGGGUUGUAGGCCCUCAAGCCAGACAGACUGAUUUUUUGGAGCACCACACUUCACUCCAGUUUCUGGGAAAGUCCAUUGACCUAUCUCCUUGAAGCUGUGGAGAAGUUCUCGGGUUUCUCAGGCUUCUCCAGUGCUACAGUAAAGCAUCCCACCGUCCCGGCAACGUACCGUAGCAAUCCUUGCUGUCCCUGCAAGGCAGAGUUUUUCAUGCCCACUUCAGGGCACUGAAAAUGGUAAACUAACAUCCUGUAAUCAUUUGGAUUUGCCAUAUGAGAAAAAAUAACACAGUACAGUACUGGUAAAUAUUAGGGAGGGUGCUUUUUUGUAAAAGAAAUUCCCAGUUACAUUUAUAUUCAUUCAGAUUACAGUAUACUUUAACUAGAAGACUCUGGGACUUCUCAGGAAAAGUUGUAAAGAGAAAUGGACAUUUACACUGCAAAAACACACACCCCAGGUUCUGCAUAAGGAUUUGGGCUCUUUAUAAAGCUCGACUGCUUUCAGUGAUUUUCCAUACCACUGAAGUUCAGCUUUACAGUAAACUUGUCUUUGCUUUUUAAAGCCUUUUCUCAAUUUAAUUGUGGGAGCUGGUGUUUUGUUUCCCACCAGCAGGAUAUUACGAACGCCAGGACUUGAAUUAUUUAUUGGAAGUAAAACCAGAGUUGCACAUAAAGCAUAUAAGGAGAAGGAGGUCCCAGCACCAUGGGGUGUUUACAAAGAGCAGGAUUAAAGAAAAAUGGUCUAAAUAAGCCAAGUUGUUGUUGUUGUUUUAAAAAAACUUUCAGCCUUGCCCUUCUCCUACCCAGUUGAACUUUGCAACAGACUUGUGAGGCAAAAUUAAUUAGCUCAUAUGCAUUUAUUAUGUACAAGCACACCAUAACUUCUAAGAAGUAAGUGCUACUUUUAGUUCGGCCCCCUCAUCAAAGCAUUGUGAUGCAGAUGAAACAGCUAUGCGUAAAGAGCAGUCUGGUGGGCACAAGGUUGUAUUAGGGUAUGAUACCAUACAUGGAAAGUUGUUUCCAUUUCCAUUGGAAAUAAGCCCCAUUAAACGCAGUUAGGCUUAUUUUCAAGUAGACAUGCAUAGGAUUGAGCGGUAAAAGAAUAUAGCAAAUUGUCUAAACGUGGUUCUAGAUGGAUGCCUAUUGUGUUCUUCAUGCAUGCAGGUUUUUUCCUGCAUCCACAUCAUUAGCAUUCAGAUACCAGCUCAUAUUUUCCCAUUUCGUCUGCAUUUCCCUUUCCAGGCAAAAUCCGAUUAGUAAAAAACACAACUAUCUGUUUGAGAUAAUUGAAUGAUCCAUUUGCUUACUAAGUCCUCAUCUGGAAGUAUUCUGAGUGCCAUUUUUAGGAUGUUAAACUAACAGACCUAUGUUUUCAGGCAUUUAUCACCUAUGCACACCUGCUUCAAUUUCAGUUGUUAUUAAUACAUUUUAAUACUUUGAUUUUGCAAACAAUUUUAAUUCAGUUAAUUGUACUGUAAUCAUAUUAGUAAUUAAGAGCAAAAGUUGGUGGAAGAAUCCUACGUUGGGUUCUGGAGUUUUGUAGGUGGUAGGAAAGCUGUUGUGUUUUCUCCACUCCUUAGCAAAUGUUCCAGAUGGGUUUAAAUAAGGAAACUGCAAGGUUGUGCCUUGAGGUGGAAGACACAUUUCUGUGAUUAUUGGGUCUUACAAACCACCCCACCCUGGUUGCCUCCACCGACCAAAGCCAGUUGAGCUUCCCUCCCAUCAAAAUUAUUUUAUUAAUUUAUUGCUGUUCACUUAAGUCUUGAGGCUAUUUAAAAUUGUACAAUAAGAACCACUGUAAUAGGUUUUAAAACAAUGUGAAUGUUAAGAUUGCUUUUUAUUUUUUUAAAAACUGUUGGGGCUUUCUUUGUUGCAUGCAUGUAACAUGUAGUUCACCUCUUAGUGGUGUUCAACAAUGAACUGUUAUAUUCAAUGAGGUAGGGAUGACUUGUUGGUAUGGGAGAGAUGUGAUUCAUAAAGCACUUCAAACAACAGAUUUCUGUUUCUUCCUGUGUCUUUCAAUCCUGGGGGAAACCAACACUACUUUUCUGUUUCCGCCUGCAAGUGGUAUUUCCUAUUCUGCCAACAGGAAACAACCUUUCAAUAUGCAUGAAUUAAUUUGUCCUCAGCAGACUAAUCCUUAAGGAUGGCUUGUUUAAACACAUUAUGCUAAUCUGAGUUAUUGUUCUAACUUCAUUGGGAGAAAAGCACAUUCAGUUUUUUGGUUUAAGACAGUGGAUUCAGAUGACUGUUAACCAUGUGGGAACUGCUACAAUGCCUCUCUAUGUGAACAUGGGGGUUUAGUAGUUCCUGGUUGCCUGAAUCUACCCUCACUCCACAUUUAACAGUGCAAAAGAAGUUGUGAUUUUCAGUGUUUUAAGGUGUAACCAAACUACCUCAUUUCAACACAGUGAUAUGUUGCUUCCUGGCAUUUUUGCAAAUGUUAAUUUCCAUCGUGCAGCUGCCUUGUGAGCAUUGCUUGACCUUUGUGUUAUCUAGUUAAAACUAAUUAUUGCUCAGUUUUGCAGGCCUUGUCAGCUGGCCUGGCCAGCCCAUCCCGUUUCCAUUAGUUUCCCCCAGGCAACUUUUCACACUGGACAUAGAAAUAUUAAUCACUUAUUCUCAGGCAUAGAAAACUGGAAGCACUGGGAGUGUAAGCUGCCAUUGAGUCUUCCACAUCAGCAACUCAUCUGCUCCUUUUCUGUCAACUGUAUCCUGGAGGCUGCUUCUGAGAGCUACUUUUCUUGUUUGAACUAAUGUUUAUUGUCAUCACCUCAGCAACUUUUCUGGAAAAGGCUAUUGAAAUCAGGGUGAUCCUGUAGUUUGGGCAGUGUUAUUAAAUGUAGAUAUAAUGAAGGUUAUUGUUGAAAAGAACAAGAGAUCUUAUAAGUUGACAAGGAAAAGAAUAUUAGUGUAAUGUAGACUUGACAUUGGGAUGAUAGAUUUGGCCUAAAAGUGUUAUACUUGAAGAAACGUGUAAUUAACAAGAAUUCCAAAAAGUGCCUCAUGUGACUGAAUCCAGCCAUCAUGUCAGUGUUCCGCAAUGGUCAGAAGCAUCAUGGGAAAGGGUAGCUAGACCCAGGCACCAGCACUGAUUGAAACAUUUCCGUUGCAGCUAUGUAGGUUGGCCUGCCAGAGGAUAGGUUGUCUGGGGUCCAUCAAAGCUAGAGUCCCAUUUGGAGAUGCUGGGGAUUAAACUUGGGACUUUUCGCAUGAAGACUAUGUGCUCUACCACUAAACUAAGAGUCUUCACCACUUUGGAUUUUGUUUUGUAUGGGCGGGAACCUUUUAAACUGAUUUCAGUGCAAAGCUCAACAGCAUGAAAGAACAGCGAGUUCCCUUUUCCAUUCUAAUAAGCUGGCAGUAAUGAACAAUGAGCUAAUAGAUCUCAUUUGCAAAGUAUGAUCAUUUCCUUUGCCAUAGGACUCUGAAGAAAUAGGCUGCGAAAGAGGAAUGGUUAUUAGCAUAAUUCUUUUGCUGCUCAUACCACAGAUGUCAUAAUAAACAUCAAUAGAUGCUUGUGACCUAGAAAUCUGCUUUUAGGUUAUGUAAAUGCAAAUGCUUAGUAAUUAAAUAAUUGAAAUCAAGAUACAGAAGUCAAUUUAAAAUAAAAGGAUAUUUGUUGGAUACCUCACAUUUACUUAUUUGUGUAAAUUAGAAAAAUAACAUUCAAUAUGGUAGGAAUUAAGUACUGUAGGUUUUGCUUUUGAGGGUUCUGCUGACCACCAAAUGCUUAGUAUUGGAUUGCGUAAAGGUAAAGGGACCCCUGACCAUUAGGUCCAGUCGUGACCGACUCUGGGGUUGCGGCGCUCAUCUCGCUUUAUUGGCCGAGGGAGCCGGCGUUUGUCUGCAGACAGCUUCCGGGUCAUGUGGCCAGCAUGACUAAGCCGCUUCUGGCGAACCAGAGCAGCGCACGGAAACGCUGUUUACCUUCCCGCUGGAGCGGUACCUAUUUAUCUACUUGCACUUUGUGCUUUCGAACUGCUAGGUUGGCAGGAGCUGGGACCGAGCAACGGGAGCUCACCCCGUUGCAGGGAUUCGAACUGCCGACCUUCUGAUCGGCAAGUCCUAGGCUCUGUGGUUUAACCCACAGCGCCACCUGGGCCCCAACUGGAUUGCUUAGAAGUCACAAAUUCCUUCUUACACAACUGUGUUGGACAUAAUUAAAUUAGUAUUGCAUUUGGAGGUACAGUAAUAUUAAUAUUAAUAAUAAUAUUUAUAAAUGUACUAGCCACUUUUCACCAUAAGAUCCCAGGGUAGGAACAACAACUUUAAACACAACAUUGAAAAUUGUUUAAAGCAAACACCAUACAUGUAAGACCGCAUCACUGGAGGAUUAAGAUUAUAUUCGUAUAAUUCAGCUCUCACUUUCCCCCCCAUCCAGUUCCUUCUUUCUGUGUUUUUUUCGCUUUUUUCAGGUUAAUGUUAUGAUUGAACAGUUGGAGUUAGGAGCAAUAACAAGAAUAGUAAUAAUAACUAUGGCUUGUCUUUCUUUCCCAUCAGGUGGCAGUGAAAGUUAUUGAUAAGAAAAGAGCCAAAAAGGACACCUAUGUUACCAAGAAUCUGAGGCGGGAGGGACAGAUCCAGCAGAUGAUCCGACACCCUUACAUUGCUCAGCUGCUGGAUAUCUUGGAAACGGAAAACAGCUACUACCUUGUUAUGGAGCUGUGCCCAGGGGGCAACUUGAUGCACAAAAUCUAUGAGAAAAAGCGGCUGGAAGAGCAUGAAGCACGCAAAUACAUCCGGCAGCUUAUCUUGGCUGUUGAACACCUACAUCGUGCAGGGGUGGUUCACAGGUGAGCUUGCUUAUUUAUUUAACAUGAGUGUUCUGCUUUUUGAAGACCAUGGCUUCACAGAGAUCUUUACAGUAUAUUCACGGAUGCAAAUAUCAUUUAGCAACUAUUAAACAAAAGUUUAAUAAAAUCAAUCUGUCGUUACAUAAAUUAAGCAGUGGCAGUUAUAAAUAAAACAAGAUGGAACUUGUAUGUGUAAAGCCUUCCCAAGGGAAAUCGUAUCAUUCUUCAGUUCAGAGUUUCAGGUGGUUGGUUAAAAUGUACAUUUUGCAACAGAACUUUUGUGGACUCCGAUUUUAAUUUUUUAUAAUUUGUUGCUAAUUCUUGAUACGCCAGUGUUUUUUAAAAAAUAAACUCUAGUUAGUUCACUGGUUAAUUUUAAGUGCUUUUUAAAAUUAUAUUUUGUUUUAACUAUGGGCUGUAAUCCAGUUUGAAAGACUUAAUGGCAGAAAAGGCAACCUCAAUGGUUAAAUUAUAUACCUAUCUUUUCUACUUUGUGUGAUUUAGUUGACUGGCACAAUAUCCAGCCAGGAGUGUAGAGAGUUGCUUUAUAGGCAGGCUCUAAAAGUGUGCAAGCACUAUGUGUCACCUAUCAAUUCAAGCAGUUUGCUAUUAUUUUAAUUAUAACGGACCCCUUAAAAAGGAGUGCUAAAUCCAUGUUUUAGAAAGUCACAAUUCAUUCUUGCCUUAAGUGCAGUUGGCGAUGAAGUUAUUUUAAAUCAGCUCUAAAAAUAACAGCACUUGCACAUCUGUGAUCUGUAGGUGUUCACAUUCUCUCUUUAUGAUAAACAAGACAUGGCUGUUCUUGCGGGAUGGAAUUUCUUGCUUCUGUACCUUUUACAAUAUAUCCUCAUGAUCUCUGAGCUUGUUUAACAGAACAGGUAAGGACUUCCACCACCACCAACAAAAUCAAAUUCAUUAGAGAUAUUAUUCAGCCGGCUCUAUCACAAAUUAUUUGUCCUUGUGUGGUAAAGUAGGUAAAUAAUUAGAUUGAGGGAGAGGAGUAAUUAAAUUCAGUCAUCUUAUCAACAUGAGUCAUGUUACUGAAAAUAGUGAAUUGUAAUUAUUGAAGAACCUUAAAACUUUUAUGACCUUGAAUUCAGCUAUAGAAAAUUUUACUGUCAUAUGAAAAUACUUGGUAUUUUAAGGUUAAAAGAAGUGUUCAAGGUAUCCAACUCUUCAGCUAAGGAACUAAUUAUUCUUUUGUCCUGCCUGUCAUUUUCAGUACUUGGCCUAAAAGUGAAACCUCCUUAACCUUGUGAGCUAUAGUAGCCUGGUUCACAUGUCACACUGUAAGCUAAACUGUGGCUUACUGAGACUGCCUGAACAUACUGAUUCUCCUUUCUAGUCCUCUUAGUUUUUCGUGUGCUGUGUUAGUUAAGUCGAUGCUUGGCUCAGUGUGUCAUCCAGACAUGGGAUUUUGGUUAAGCUCUCUUCUUAACCAUGAUAUCUAGCCAAGGUUUGUUCUUGGCUGCAGAUCAUGGUUAAGGAGGAGAGAGUUUUAAGCACAGUCCCACAUUCAGAUGACACACUCAGCCAACUCUUAGCUGCCAUGUUGUGUUGAGUUGAAAGAAUUGAGGAGGAGCAAAAUGGAAGCAGUCUCCUCCCUGGGAGCCAGCACAUUCAUGCAUUCAUGUUAAACCGUGGUUUGACUUAGAAUGAUGUGUGAACACGGCCUGUGUUCUGUAAACUCUCACUUAUGCUACCUAGUAGCCAGUCUACCAGUAUCCAGCAAUUUUCUGGGUCAUGAGUUCGUCAUUUCAAAGCCGCAGCUUCACAUAAUAUGAAUCCUGUUAUCUUGUGAGAGAACAGAGAGUUGCCAGUGGAGUGUAAACUCUUCCUACACUACAUGAGCCCACUGCUUCACCUUCCCGUUCCCAACAACUCAAAGGGACAAUGGGGCAAACAUUACACCAAAUUGCUUUUCUAAUUUUCUGUUUUGGGAGUUUCAACAGUGAAGUACAAUCAAAGGCUGUAAAUCAGAACCCAAAAGGAGGGUUUACCUAGCUAAUUCCUAAUGUUUGUCCACAAAAUUCAGUCCUCCCUGGGUGUUUUUCCCAAAGAGAUGACGUGAGGUUACCAAUAUCUUUAAAAGAAAUUCAUGGGUUCCUGUCAUGUGCAGUUUGCCACAUGGUUUGUUUUUGUUUGGGCUCUGUGUGUUCAGUGUGGAUAGCUUUGGACAGCUUUAAAAGGGGGAUAGGCAGAUUGAUGGAGGAUAAGCAGAGGCUGCUAGUAGUGAUGAUUGUGUUCUGUGCCCAGUGUUGGAGAUUGAGGGCCUCUGAAUAUCAGUUGCAGAGCGGGAAGCAUGCUUUUAUUGUUCCAUUUGUCAGCUUCCCAUAGACAUCUGGUUGGCCACUGUGAGAAUAGGAUGCUGGACUAUAUGGGCCUUUAGUCAGCUGCAGCAGGGCUUGUUAUGUUCUCAGAAUCUGUUUUGGUGCCAAAGCACUAGGCAUCCCAGAGUAGCUCCUCUUAUUUAUUUCUACCCUGCCAUUCCUUCUAAAAGAGCCCAGGGCUGCUCCUUUUAACACAGUCACCAUGCCCAGUCAUUUUGUUUGGGAGCUAUUGGCUUCCCUAGGGUCUUCCAUCAUUAACUGGACUUUAAGGCAUGUAAGAUGGGUACUGUAGCCUUCUUCAUGCUCUUUUGGAUUGCUUGUUGCCAGAUUAUAUUGUAAAAGAUGAUUCCAGGGCUGUCAGUCUGUGUUUGUCUUGUCCUAGAAUGUUUGAGGAAGCUUGGCUGAUUUUCCCUUGACCUAAUGAAGUUUGUAAUGCCAGAUUGAGAACCCCGUUUUAAGAAUACUGUACAUCCUUUUUACAGCCAAAAGCUCUUACCAAGCAGUCAUUUCUGAUGCCUGUCCUGGCUCUGUGGGGUCAUUUUGAGAAGGUCUGUAAACUUUGGCCUGAGGUUUGUUCAUUGUUGAAGCCAUAGAAGCAUCAAUCUCAAAUCAGAAUUAGAUAGCAGUCAUUGUCUCUUUGUCUGACAGCAAGAAAACAAUCUCAAAUGGCAAUAUAUGGGAAGCCUUUUCUUUUUAGAAGAUAUUUACAGAGGCCUUCAUGCUGUCAAAAACAGGAUGAGCAUUAAGCUUCCUAAGGGAGUAAGAACAACAAAGACAAUGAAGUUAAGGCUUUGGUGCUUGCAAUAGCAUCCCACAGGAAAUUCUCAACAACCCUUUUAAAGUAAUUUUAACCAAAUUCAAUCCUAUUCAGUGCAAUUACUGUCAGAAUGUCAAAGAAAGGAAUUUAAUAAUGUACCAGUGGCAAAGACAGCUUCCUGUGUAUCUGUUUUUUCCACUAUUUCUUUCAAUGUGGAACUAGAUGCAUAUCACCUUGAAUUUGGUUAUUAAGCAAUGCUUUGGGAGAUGUUAAAAUACACACAUUUCUGUAUUUUGUGAGCUAUAAUAGCAUAUGGAUGUAAGAGAUCAAAGUCUGAAUGCUGUACCUCCAUGCUAUCACCUUGGACAAGCCACUAUCGCUCCGUCUUCAUUUCCUAUCUGUAAAAGGGACUAAGAAUUACCUUUUCAUAUAUCAUUCUCUGCAUCAUAGGUGCUGCCAGACAGCCUCUUCUGUCUGAUAAUAGCCCAAGUUUCCCGCAUUGGGCCAUGUAAUGGAAGACUUAGAGGACACACCAGUUGAGAAUGUAGGCAACAACUAGUCAUAGGACAUUCCUAAUUCUUUCAAAAUACAUCUAUUUUGUUAUUCACCAUGUCACCAUACUGUCUGCUUGGGUCACUCAUGGCAUUUGGUUAGACCUUGGCGGAUAAUGUCAAAGAUGUCUUUCCUUAUAGAUUAUCAUACAGUACAACAAUAACGUUCUUUUGUUUGUUUGUUAUGACUUCCAAUUCACAUGGUUGCCCAUAGUCAAUAAAGAACUUUCUAAUCACCUCUGAAGCAUUGCUGAGGUAUUUAAACCAUCCUGACUCUCACUUCAAAAAUUGUGAGACUUUUUAAAGUUCUGAAUCUCAAUGAGUGGCUUUUUACAGCUGAUGAAGCCUAUUUGCAGGUACUCAUAGAGAAGAGGGUACAACUUCCAAGUAACUUGCAAAUGUCUCUUUUGAAGUUGCCCCCAGUGAGGGCUUUCCUUCCAAUGCACAUAGCAACUUCAGAAGAGAUACUUUCCUUUGGAUAUCACCAGGGGAGGAAAAGGUUAAAUUUCCUCAUCCAUGCCUGGUGCAGUCUUGAUAGUAUCUCUCUCCCCCCCCCCCAGCUGUUGCUAUAUGCAUUUUUUAAAGUUGAUGCAUUAAACCUCUACAACAUUCAGUUUGGCCUUGCUCCAACAGUGACAGUGGUUACUGAAACUUUGAAAAUAUCAAAAGCUUGAAGGCCUGUAUUCUCAUUAAACAUGUUUGUCUGUUUCAGAGAUUUGAAGAUAGAAAAUCUCUUGCUUGAUGAUGACAACAAUAUCAAGCUUAUUGGUAUGAAACUCUUAUUGCAAUUUUGUUGACUGGUAUUUUUGUUAUAAUAAAUGCCCCAAAACAUUCUGUGUGGCAGUAUAUAGCAGUGCUUUUUAGAGGAAUGUGGCAAAAGAAGUUGCAAUCCUGUGGUCUUCUAUGCAUAUAUAAUUUUUUUCAAUGAGCACUGGUAAGUAGCACACAGCCCCAAAUGUGUUACUUGCAAGUAAGACACUUUAAAUUGAUUUGAUUUCAUUUAAUUUCACACCUGUAUGCUCCUUUUCAACCCCCCCUCCCGAGUUCAGUAACAAAGCAUUAACAAAUGAAAACAAUACCUAAAAGCAAUAUUCAACAAAAAUACAAUAAUACACACACACACAAUUAGAUUUAUAUGCCACCUUUUCUUCCAAGGAGCUCAAGGUGGUAUACUGGUUCUCCUGCCCAUUUCAUCCUUACCGCAGCCUUGUGAGGUAGGUUAGGCUAAGAGGUGUUGACUGGUUCAAGGUCACCCAGUGAACUUCAUGGCUGAUUGGGGCUUUGAAUCUCAGUCUCCCAGAUCAUAGUCCAACGCUCCAACCAUUAUUCCAUAUGGGCAAAAUUACAAAGUACAAAUCAAUCACAAUGUAUAUAUGUUAGGAAUGUCAUUUUACCCUAUGACAAGAAACAGAAAAAACAUCCAUCAAACCACCUCUAUCUGUCACCUAGGGUGUACAUACUCCCCUCCUAUCUCUCAGUCGGGAGACAGAUUCCACCAAGUUUUUACCAGUUGGUGGCUUCAGUAAGCUAUACUUCCUCAUAAAACUGUGGUAAUAAAAGCCAUUUUCACAAGGGAUAUCAACAUUGUUUUUACAAAACAAUGGAGAGGUUAAAGCAAUAUGGGGAAAUGCCAUUUUUAAUAUGAUUAACAGUCCCUGAAAAUGAAUCAGUUGAAAUGGUUGAUGCUUGUUUUCAUGUACUUGCAUGCACAUGUAGUCCUAAUAAUGUGUAUUCUCGGCCCCUACUCACUACUUUUGCCACAGACAAAGGCAGCAUCUGGGCUCUGUUCCUGGAAGCAUGGUGUUUUUAAGAACAGGGAAUCUAAAAUUUGAGCAUGCAUAAUGGCAUAUCAUUGCAAAUAUAGUUGGAGUGUGAACAUCCUUCUACCACCAUACCAUUGCUUUUUAAUGUGUGGAUUUGAGAGCUUCAGUUCCAAGAAAGUUUUGCCUUUCUGUUUUAUUUGCAAAUGGAUUUUUUUUCUGGAAGUCAAUUACACAUAGAUGAGUACUAAACUUGUGCUAUAUUGUGUUACAUUUCUGGAAGUGGCUUUUAUGUCAUGUGAAUGCUCAAAUAUAAUGCAGCAAUUAACAAUUAGGUAACAUUGUGGAAAUGAAAUACACUGUUGUGUGAACACAGCCUUAGUCUUGCAGCAUCAGGCAAAACCCCACCCACUCCAUAUGAUUGGCUUACUCAUCUGCAGAAAGAGAAUGUGAAACUGGUUGAGAAGCCUUUUAUAUUUAUAUCUAAUUUGUCAAUGGCCCAUUGAUUCUUCAACUGCCUAUCAACUUCAUUCAGAGCACUGUUCAUCCACAUUUUGCAGACACCAUAGAUUACUCAUCUUAUUCUACUAUCUGUUUAUAGCUCCCAUUAAUGCUAGUUGUGGGCAUUGAUAGGAAAAUAUUCCCCUUAGCAGAACAUCUGUUUAUGUAUUUAAUUCUAUGCCUACACAUUUUCUAGCAGCAAUGAGUCUGGGUGCACAGUAGAAGCCAGAUGAUGAUGAUUUCAUGAGAGAGGCUUCAUCACCUCUGAGGUGAUGAAAAUUGUUGCCUAAAAUGGGACCAGAAGUAAAAAGCGAACAAGACAUUGUGAACUACACAAAGCUCUGUGUGAGACUGUUUCUGAAUGUUUAAGGUGUAUAAAACCUUUAAGGGAGAUAUACACACAUAUGCAUACAUAGAACUACCAUCCAUCAAACUGAAAAGUGGCACGUGCUGUGCCCCCAUUUCAUUGUAAGCCCUGCCCCCCUUUAGGAUUGCUUUAGGAUUCUCCCUGAAAAUACUAUAUUGGGGUGCUGCCUUAAACAUGGUUUGGGAGUGCAUUGUGACCCCUCUGCGCAAUCAUAUAUUGCCCCAAAUGAGUCUCUCCCUCUGACCCAGAACCUUGGGAGCCCCAAUGACAAAAAAGAUUGUUUCAUGGUAUUGUGUAACCUCACAGUGUGCUCUCAGUCCGAAGUACAGGUUUCAAGUUCCCUUAGCCCUCCUGAUGUCCUUAAGAACCCCAGGGCUCCAAUGAUGGAAAUACUAUUUUGGCGUGUAAAUCCUCUAUAUGUCUAUCACUUCAUCCUUGAUCCUAAGAAAUAGGUUUCAAGUCCUUACCAUGCAUCUGAUCAAAUCCUCAUGAUGUUAUAGGUAGGGCUAUACUCAGUUCUGUAGCAUGCAACCACACACACUGUUGCAAAGAUGCAAGGAGAGCAGGGUUGUACUCUUAAGAUUCCAGCCUCUCAAAUAGUUCUGCCAGGCAAGGAGAAAGCUAUUUUAUAUGCAUUUACUUAAGACACUUGAGCUCGUACUGUCAUCUUUUUUCCAUAAGUGUUAUUCCAGUUUCCUGACUAAAUUUAUAUUUAAAUUUCCCCUAGACUCAAAUAAAAAGCUCUUAACUAAAAAGGAAGCCUUUAACUGCAUAAAUGAUUGCAGCAAAGUACAAAUAUUGCGAGGUUGUUGUUUCUCCUGUGCAAUGUUGAAAGCUUUAUUUAUUUUCUUUUUCACAGACUUUGGCUUGAGCAACUGUGCAAGUAUCUUGGGAUACUCUGAUCCAUUCAGCACGCAGUGCGGUAGUCCAGCCUACGCAGCACCAGAGCUGCUUGCAAGAAAAAAAUACGGUCCCAAAAUAGAUGUUUGGUCCAUGUGAGUUACUAUAAUUGAAAAAGCUACAUGCAUGCAGGGGGUGGGGGUUGACUUCUCUUGCUUGACUUAUAUAUAAGUUCUAAUUGGAGCUGCUGGUAAAUUAAAAUAUGUAACUUUGGAAAAAUAGUUUACAGUGCUGAUGAUUGUAAAUGUUAGCAUUUACAAUGUCAGGAUUUCAAUUUGCCAGGAAUUUCCAAACAUAAGAUGAUACAGUUCAUUCUCCAAAGUAAUUGCUGCCUAGUGUGUUUAGUUGACCUUGGCCAUUGGGAUUUACAAACUGUGGUCUACAGCUGUUUGUGAAGCAGGGACAGAAGUUACCCAGAAUGUUGUUGUCAGAAAACAAGGAGAUAUGUUUGGCUGAAGAAACUUGUCAAAUAAUUUGCUUUUAUAGGAACUGAUAUGAACUUUUCAGUGACUGCAGUGGAAAUCUUAAUACUCCAGGGUACUACAAGCAAACAAAGAUGAAUGUGUUUCAAGAAAUGUUCAGACUUCCCUGUCUGGAAAUUUGAAUUAAUUCCAUUGAUCUCGGUGCAGUUAAGAACAGAUACGAGUUUCCUUCUUUGGGAUUUUUUGUUUUUCUUUGUCCUUUGUUUGCAAGCAGCUAGUUCAGAGAGCUUUAUAUUUUGAAGCCCAAUUUACAGUGUCUGUGCUUCGAGAAAAUCCAAAUCGAAACUGUCACACUGCUCCUUAAUUGGUUGCUCCUACAUAGGGUCACCCAUCCACAGCAAGCUGGAGCUGCUGAACGAAGAAGCUCUUACUGUGACAUGAUUCAAACAGAGAAUGCCAUCGUUCUUUUUUCUUGCCCUUUAACCUUCUCAGGCAAUAACAUCCUGCACCAUUUAAUUUAAGGAGAGAGACAGUUGACUCAUAGCUUGUUCGUCUACAGGGAAUGCUGUAUUAUAGGAUAUACCUUAUAAUGCACUUGCUUAGUCCUUGGGUUUUGCACUUGCUUGGUGCAUGGAAGCAGCAUAGUGUGAAUCAAUCCUGUGUAUGGUCCUUUUGCACAUAAGCAAAUCUUAUUUCCAUAUAACCAAAUCACCCCUUAAAACUGUGAACUUUUCAAAUCAGAAUUAAUUCUUAAGUAAUGUGAUCCUUCAUGCUAUGAAUGGUUUUAUCUCUCAAGAAACUGGUUAUGCAGAUACUCUGAAGGGAGGCUAAAUGCUACUGGGUUGGAUUCAGACUUAACCACACUAAAGCUCCAUUGGUUUUAGUGGGUCUACUCUAAACAUGACUGAGACACAAGAUCCAGCAGACUGUUGCUGCACUUCUAGAGAACAUUGUGUUAUGGCUUCUAUGAGAAGAGCUCAGUGAUAGAGCAAGUGCUUUGGGUGCAGAAAGUCCCAGUUUGGAUCCCUGCUUCUCCUAUGAAGGAUAGCAAAGCUGGAAAAGACCAUUGCCUUUAAAGAACAUUUGAGACCUGCUGUCAAUCGGAAUAAACUGUGGUGGGUUAGAUGGACCAGUAGUAACAUCAUAUGUUCAUAUAUGUUCCAUAAGUGUGAUAAACCAUAGGCUAGUAAACUUAAUGCAUUCUUGCAUGCCUUGUCUUGUUUCUAAGGGAAUUGUUUCUCUUAACAGUUUCCCCCACCACUCUUCUUUUACAGUGGGGUGAAUAUGUAUGCAAUGUUGACUGGGACACUGCCGUUUACUGUGGAGCCAUUCAGUCUGAGAGCACUGUACCAGAAAAUGGUAGACAAAGAAAUGAAUCCUUUCCCUACUCAGCUCUCCACAGGUAAAUAAUGCAGUUACUUAAGUGCUACUCCAUUUACGUCCAUACAGCCCUCAUAAUUAAUCAUAGAAUCAUAGAGUUGGAAGAGACCACAAGGGCCAUCGAGUCCAACCCCCUGCCAAGCAGGAAACACCAUCAGAGUUGUACUGUACAUCAGAACUUUUGUUUCUGGUGGGCUGAGUGUUCAGAACUUUGCUGAAUCAACCUAUUUGGUCUGUAAUUUCACACUUGAUUUGUGCUUUCUGUCUCUCUCCCUGUGUUGGUUUAAUCAGAAGAUGGAAGGGCUACAUUCUUCCCAAGAGUAAAGUCUAUUGAUCUUCCUGAGAUUCCCUCCUGGGCAAGUUUUCAGUCAGAAUGAUUUGAAAUUCACUUAACCCAAUUCACUGUGGAAGUUAUAUAUCAUAUUAUUCCAAUGCAUUAGGAGUAAUAAAUAAAAGCCUAAAUAAAAGCGUUCCUUUUUUACAUUCCAAGCUUGGUUUCAGUAUAAGAUGAUAGUGAGAAUUACCCAUAGGAUUUGUUUGAAGUGUGUUUGGUGUGUCAAGCUAUAAAUUAGUGUCAUAAUGGUUAUGAAGCUCUGUUCCUUAAUGACCAAUUUUGUACUUUAGCUGCAAGUGGGUUAGAACAAACAUAACUUUGCUUGCUUUGUUUCUCUGUCAGAGCUAUUGAAACUGUGGUAAUUUGACCAAUCCAGUUCUUCAAAUAUUUGCAUGUAUGAGUAGUUUUCAUAUCCCAAUGGAGUAAAUGGAAAGUUUCACUUUUGCUUCAACAGCACAUUUGGGGCGGGAGUUACUGCUGUUUUUUGUUACUUUCUUUGGUUUUGUUAGGUGGGGUAUUUUAUUAAUGUUACUGGUGUCAGGAGUGGUAUCAGAAGAUUUACACUAAAAAAGGAGAAAAUAAUUGGCAGUAGGCUCUUUCUACAAGUUUAUGUUCAGUAUUAUUGCAGAAAUUAAACUUAUUUCACUGUUAUGCUCUUACUUCUACCUGUUCACUAUUGCAGCAGUAUUGGCAAUAUUACUUAAUAGAGAAGACCUAAGGUUGCUAGCCUUUAUGCCGUGUUGCAUAACUUUAUACAUCAAACGUUGAUUAAAGUCACAUUCAGUUACUGCAUGUUUGGUGACUCUUCAGACACUGAUUUAAUAUGACAUUUCUUGUUAUCUCUUUGUGCUUGUAACAGUAGAAGUUCUUUGCAAUGCUUCACAAAUUGCUGCAUUAGACAAGUUUUAGAAACAGGGUGAAAGGCUUUAUAUUUAUUUAUUUGACUGUUUCUCAGUGGAUGAUGGCACAUUGAAAAGUUUAAAUUAGCUGGUAGGCUUCACCAAAGGAUUAGUUUGCAUUUGCACACUUACUCCCUUUCACAUGUUCACAUACCCAUCCAUCCAUGUUGAUAUCUGUCUGUCUUGGGAGACAAUGGAGGAGUGUGCCUUGGGGGAUGAAGUCAAACUGUUGGAAGGUUACAGCGCCUGCUGUGGCUGUAGAGACAGAUUCAGGAGAGACAGGUGAAGGGGUCCAGUUUGUCUCCUGCAGAUGCACCAUGGCGUUUCUUCUCUCUGCGCUCCUCCCAAAGGUCAUCUCUCCUCUGGUCACUGCUGAGGAUACACAAACUGACUGUCUCCAGGCACUGCAGUUGUCUGCAAGGGAUUCCCCACAUGACAGGGUUGAUGUUGCCAGCCUUCAUGUCAUGUUUGCAGACAUAUUUGUAACACAGAGUUGGUCUGCCUGGGGCUCCCCAUAGACAAAGAGCCAGACAAAAUAGAGAGGGGGCACUAAUGUGGUGUCUAGGCUUGAAAUGCCAUACACCCAUUUGCUGUUUUUGUGUGCCACAACCAAGCUGGAGUCAUUGGCAAUUGUACCCGAAAUUCAGAUGUGGAAGGUGCACCUCCAGUUCAGAACCAUUGACCUGAGCUUGAAUCUGGGACCUUAAAUGCAGCAAGCAAUAACCCUGCUGGAUCAGUCCAGAGAUCCAUCUAGUUCAAUGUUGUGUUUCCCACUUUGACCAACUGGGUGCUUCCAUGAAGCCCAUAAGCAAAAGAUAGGGAGGCAGUAGCCCCCCACCCCACCCCCGUUACCCCACUGACCCGUGACAUACUGGUUCUGAACCUGGAGUGCCAAAGACAGAAGGCCAAGUGCCUGGUAUUUAUAUUGAACCUGGCCAAUCUGAGGCUUCAGAUUGCCACCUGGUCACAGGGGUUGAUGUUCCCCCCUGGGCUCAGAUAGGAUUCUGAGGUUUGAGCAUGUAGGAAACUCCCAGCAGAUCACCAUGGUUUCAGACAGGUCUUUCCCAGCCCUGCUUGGAGAUGUCAGGAAUUGAGCCCAGGGCUUUUACCAGUCUAUGGUAGCUUAUCAGGCUAUAUAUAAGCCCAGAAAUCGCUGACCAUUAUGCAUCUCCCUUCCCCCAGCCCCAAGUAAUAUGUCAAAUAAAUAGCAACAUUUUCUGUAGGCUAUUCAGCCCUCCUUCUUGAAGACGACUUUCCACAAAGCCUUUCAGGAAAUAUUGUUAUUCUGUCAGUGAUUUUAGAUGGGCUGGAUUCCAGAAUUGUGGAACUUGGCAGAAACCUCAGACUAAUUCAUGGUUUCUCUUUUUAUGACUGCUGAGCUUCAGAUGUGUUCCAUCUGCAAAAAACUUGAGGGUUAGUGGAAUUACCUCCAAAAGGAUUGUUCAUACAGAGCACUGAAUUUUUAACUGUGUGCCCAUUUUAUUCUGAAGCCUUCCCUCCUCCCCAUUUCAAAUUGCAUUGGGUGCAGAAUUUAUUGAAAAUGCAUACGCCACAGAUUUAUCGGUACAGCAUAGUUGCUUGUAUCCCAGGGAUCAACUGUGAAAAAUGGUAUAUUGAUGGUAGGCAAAUGCAUGGUCCAUUAAGCCAACUUCAUGAAGAAUUAGGUGCUAGCAUUUAUAGCAGUUUACAGUGGAGGCUUGUCCAUUAGACCAAAUGAGGUGCUGCCGCACCAGCCCCAGUCUGCCCUCGGCCAACCCCCCACCUGCUUGUCUUCUUACUUAACAGCAAGUCCCAGGGUUAGGUCUCUCCUCUAGUCUUAUUGUUGCCCUUGUAGAAUUCAGCAGGGAGGAGAAUGGUGGGACAAAACUAGAAUUACUCAGCUCCGCCUGUCAUUGGCUCUAUCUAUUGUUGGCUGCCCUACCAGUCCUAAUGAGCAUCAGCUACCACUGAGUUUUUAACACUACAGAUAUGUUAUUUGUCUUAUAACAAACUUGGUAAACAUGGAAGCUAAAUUAAAAUGAGGCGUUGGCUGCUGAGUGACAUUGCUAACUCAUUUCUUAUAGACAGGCAGCCCAGACAGCAAUUAUGCUAGAUCCUCCUGUGAACAAUUUCAUUAGAUCAGAGCUAGCCAAAGUGGUGGUCUCAGAUGUUUUGAACUACAGCUGUCUUCAGCCCCAGCUGGAAUGGCCAAUGGUCAGGAAUGAUGAGAGGGCGUAGUCCACAGUAUCUGGAGGCCACCACAUUAGCUCGUGAUAUACAUGAGAAUUUCCUACAAUUCUUGUUGAUCAUCACCUUAACACAUGUAAGUGCAGGAGGCAAUAUGGAGGCUUUCGUGUUUCCUGGGUCCUGUGAUCAUGCCAUGUUGCUAGGAGAGGGGGUAGCUGUGUUGUUUACUGUAUUUUCAUUUAUUGGUGUGAUCACUGGUACAGGCUGCUCUUAUUUUGUGUUAAACCUUACAUUUUAUGUGAUUUUUGUACUGAUGCAUCCUAUUUUUUAUUCCAUGCCACAUUGAGGCAGUUUGUAAGGCAAUUAAUAAGUUUAAUAAAGAAUAACAACUAGCAUGUCUAUCCCCAGUGAAGACUUCACCACUAUCUCUAACCCACUGGUGGAUCAAUGGGAGCUGUAUAUUGGACUCAUGUGUGUUGGCUUUUGUUGGCUGAAUGCUCUCAGGGUACCUUUUUGAAAUACCCUCUGUUUGGCAGCUGUUCCAUGCACCAGCCAUAAUGUGCAGAGCUGCUAAUUUUAUGGAUAGGACCUACUGUGUACUUUUCUACACUGAUGCAAGCUGCCAGCAGGGAUAUGUGAUGGGACAGAAACGUUGUGCAAGGGUAUAAGUCACUUGCUGAGCUGUUCUGCUUAUUGGGACCACCAUCUUCACAUUAGGUAUGAUAAAGCUGAGAAUGAAUGACCUCUUAUCACGGAUGCCAUAGCAGUAAAUUCCCUGUGUUGCACAGGGCUUAGAUUAGAUGAGCUUUAAGGUUACUUCACAUUAUGUGAUUGUAUGAAGAACAAAACUUGGUAGCUCACACUGGAUCUAAGAAGGAAAUGGAACCCAGUGAAGUGAUGAAACAAAAGGAAAGCAGGAAAACACCAAACUGACAGCAGAAUUAAGAAUGGAUGCCUCCAGUGGUGCAGUGGGCCAGUGUGUUGGGCUGUUAACCAGAAGGUUGGUGGUUCGAGCCCACUCAAGGACAGCUGUGGGCAUGAUUCCUAUAUUUCAGGGGGUUGGACUAGAUCACUCUUUGGGUACCUUCCAAUUCUAGAAUUUUAUGAUUCUAGAAAGAUAAGGAAUGAAGCUGAGAAAAGGAACAAAAGCAAGAUACUCAGGUUAAGAAGAGUAAACAUCAAAAAAGAGUUAGUAGUUAAAAAUAUAAAAUAGCAAUAGAAAAAAAUAGGGGAAAGACGCUUUUAUAAAGAAGAUAGAACAGGUCAAGCACACAAGAAUGAGUUAGAAGAAAAGAAACGAAGAUCAUUAAAAGAAAUUGGAGUAAAUUUUAAUGAAGAGAGAAACUGACCCUUUGGUACUGGUGUUGCCCCUGCAGAGACCAUAAAUUGGCUCUGGAAUUACUGACCUCUCUGCCUACUGAAAUCAAGUUGGCAUCAUCUGUAAUGAGCUUCUGGUGCCAAAUUAAGACUUUGUUUUUUCAGCAAGCCUUCUUAGGAAAAUGAUUUAUAGUUCUUUAGCCUCCUUUCAGAUGACCAAUGUUGGUGUUUACAAUUUCUGUUUCUUUAAUGUAUUCUGCUUGCCCUUAAGUGUUGUGUUGUUUUGGAAUAAUUGAUAGAUAUAUUCUUAACUGAGUUUAUGGUAUAGAAAUUUGUAACAUAUGUGAUGAUAUGCUUUGAUCUUCCUUGGUAUCCUCUUUCUUGUUUUUCCUGGCAUGAUGUCAACCCUCUUUCAUGUGAUUUAUUUUGUUAUUGCUGUAUUUUAUUUGUGUGUGUGUGUGUGUGUAUACAUAUAUAUAUAUAUAUAUAUAUAUAUAAAACCUAAAAUGUGUAACCCCAAUAAACACACCUAAAAAAAAGGAUCAAUAGUAAUAAAUUGCAGCAAAAAAUGAGAGAUACUUAAUGUGGUACAGUUUCCCAAGAUUUAGAUACACAGGGCUCCAUUUCCAAAGCUGAUUGAUCUGUGCCACACUGGUUGCUUUUUGCGUCCGCUUUUUGACAAUAGUUUGAUUUUUUUUGAUGAUUUGCAUCCCAGCUAAGUGGCAAGUUGUUCUUUUAUCCUGUUGUGUUGCACAAGCUUGGAGAAAUCCGAAGUGGUUCUUAUGAAGAGCGCAUGUGCUCAGAAAGUUUCUCAGAUGUUGGCUGUGCAUCUGUUCUCUGGGUUUGUGAUUCAUGCUUGCAAGUGCAUUGUGCAUGUGGGAAGGACCAAUGUCAGAACAGGAUUUUUCAGUGACACAUCAUUCCCACCCCUAGCAGUACAGUUUUUCUGUUUCUGCUAGAGCAAGAAGCAAAGAAAAUACCUGGGAAGCUAUGUCUUGGUAAAACAUGCACAUAACAAGGCAAGCAUCUGUAAAGGAGGGGCCUGUAUUUCUGGAUUUAUUUUCUUGUUAGCUGCUCGGUCACUUGCCAGAGUGGAGCAAGGGUAAUUUAUUGCAGUGUUUUUAGACACAGAACUGGUCUAAGUCGGGGCCACUUUCCAUACAUGAAGCCUGUGGCAGCAGUUGCACUCCCAUACAGUGGUGCCCCGCAAGACGAAUGCCUCGCAAGACGGAAAACUCGCUAGACGAAAGAGUUUUCCGUUUUGGAGGUGCCUCGCAAAACGAAUCUGCUAUGGGCUUGCUUCGCAAGACGAAAAUGUCUUGCGAGUUCCUGGGUUUUUUUUCCUUUUCCCCUCUUUUUCUAAGUCGCUAAGCCGCUUAUCUGCUUAUCCGAUAAGCUGAUAAGCUGCUAAAAGCCGCUAAUAGCGCUAACAGCGCUAAUCCGCUAAUCCGUCAAUGGGCUUGCUUCGCAAGACGAAAAAACCGCUAGACGAAGAGACUCCCAGAACGGAUUCUUUUCGUCUUGCGAGGCACCACUGUAUUAUAGGCAGGAUCUGUAUCCAUACAUAGGCUUACUCUGUGAGUGGGCCUAAAACAAUGGAUUUUUCUUUCUGCAUGACAGUUUUGCUCACAGGAGUGAAAACUCCCCUGAAUGAAAACUCAUAACGUAGGAAGUGACCUUUGGCCAUUUUGCACACCGAAACAGGAGGCUGACCUGGAUUGUUUGGUUCCAUCUUGAAACACUUGCAGCUUAAUAAAUGCAUGCCAGUCAUUCAGUUGGUUCUGAACAGUGGCUCCGUAUUUUGCCAAAGUGGUUUCAAGAGGUAGACUGAACAUCUGUUGUAUGUUUAGCAUAGAACAAGUGUUUCCAGCUUUCGCUUCCCUGCCUUGCUCUGGGUCAGUUAACCUGAGCGUCUGAAGCUAAGUGACAUCUGAAACUAAACUAAAAAAAAGCACACACACACAGUGGGGAUUUGUGGGACAUUCUUAAGUCUUACUCAUAUGACAAAGUUCCCUUCUUGAGUAGGAUACUGGUACAGAACACAUAGGCCCUGCAUCUCAUGUGAAUAUUUUUGCUGGUUGCCCCUUUAAAAUGCAUAUGAGUGGCUCAAAACACAUUCAUGUGCACUUCACAUCUGAUGCAAGAUGGGUGUGUUUUGCAUUCUCUUCCAGCUCCUAAAAUCCUGUAAGGUCUGAAGAUUGUGCAGGUGUGUAGCCUUUAGUCUGCCAGAGAAAUAUCCUGUCAUGCAUCCUCUGGAUCCAGUUUCUUUCAGUCCCCCCCUCCCUUUAAGUAGCGAGGAGACCUUGCCCUUUCACUGUCAAAAAGAUCAUAAGGGGAGGGGAAGCUGGGAUUUAUUACGACAGGAAGGAAGGGGAUUGUCAGUCUUCUUCCUAGCUGCAGGACAGGAUGCACCUGUGGUUCCAUAUGAACAUGGGUAGACAAGGAGCAUAAAGGCAUUAGGUACAGGAGGUCAGGCACCAGAUUAGGCAUAUGAGGACCAACAGGCCAGGGACAAUUGGCAUGGUGGUCACUGGCAAGUUAAGUGGACAUGGAUCAAAGAUCAAGAAGCAAGUAUUGAGCCAGAGCAAAACAGAAAGGUGAGUUCCAAGGCAAUAAUAGAGGGGUGGAGAGGGUAGAAGCAGGCACAAGGUCAGCAGCAGACAAGGGUCACAGCCUGUGGCAGUCAAGAAAAAGCAAAGCAGGAGAGUAGGCAGAAUAGGCAUGCUUAAGACAAAUCACUCAAACUAGUGGUCUGACAUGGCUGCAAGGCCUUAUGGUGUGACCCACUUGGCCUGCCUGGCUCUUUUCAAGCAGGAGAUGGGGCCUAGAGGACACCCUUUUCCUUGUUCUAAACAUCCUGGCCUUCUGAAGAUCAAGAGCGCUUGCAAUGUGGGAAGUACUGGUAUUGGCUGCUGGAGAUCCUAGUUUCAGACCUCUCCCCUUUGGUGCCUUACAGGGAGAAAGGAAUCAAGAUCUUGCUGCCCCCCCCCCAUAUCACACACAGUCACUUCUUUAUGCCCCCCCCCCAAACCCCUGCCAACAUAAAUUAUUUUCAGGUCACCGAGUAUACAUUUAUGACAUAAUAAAUGCCUUAAAUUCCAGGCCCAGUGCAGCAAAAGUAAGAUUCUUACAAAACGUUUAGUUCAGAUUAUAUGUUGUGAAAAUCUCUUGUUACUCUGACUAGAUACCACCCAAUCCUGAUUUAUUGGACAAGCCUUUAAUUUUUUUCUCUUCCUGGCACCCUGAUUUGUUGUGGAACAUGAGCAUGUAUUUCCUUUUCCUGGCUUCAUGUGGAAAGUGCAUGACAUCAUUGCCUGGUGUGAAUAUGGCUAAGGGAAUGCCCUUGCAUAGUACUGAGAAGGUUGGAUGACAAUGUGGCUAAUGAAGGUGGUAGCCUUUUAAAGGCAAACUUAUCUUCUCUUUAGUAAAGGAAAAAUCACAGACUGUUUAGGCUGCUGCGAAUCCUCUUUGUGAACAGCUCUCUUUACACGUGAGGUGCAGAAAUACAUGGAACCUGGCACUUUUAGUUGGAUUGAUGUUCUUUGUAGCAAAGAGGGGGGAGUAUUGCUGUGGUCACGUUUUCCAAGCACUUGUUGUGGAACUCAUCCAAGAUUAUUUUGGCACCCUCUCCAAAUGUUUCCUGUAGUCACUAGAGAAUGCACCAGAUGGGCCACUCAAUACAGUUGCAUGUGACGGCUGUUUUGGUACAAGUGACAUGCAAAGCAGAAAUUAGUUAUUAUGCUGAGUGCAAAGCCCCAUUAAUUUCUUGUGGCGCACACAUUUAAUUAUACAGUCAGAGAGCAAGAUUUAUCCCACUGGAUUUAGAGAUCACAGUCUUAGGUUUUGUGCUACUGAGCCUUUCUGUAGCUCAGAUACCAACUUGGUUUUUUAUCUUUCUUUUCUUUUUUUAAAAAGCCUCCUAACUUAAAAAGGCACAUGACCCUUUUAAGAUUGGGCUUUGUGACCCUCCUUUAAAUCACAGAAGAAAGUGUCAGACUCUUGAUUUAAGCUUAGGCAUAUAUAAACACACAUUUAAUUUAAAAACAUUUGAAAUAAAUUACCAUGCUUAAAGCUGACAAUGUACUGAUGGUGUGAGCAGUUUGUAUAAACACAAGAGCUGUUCUUGGCAUAAAUCAGGCUGAUGAAACCACACAGAAGUAACUGCCAUUAUUUCAAUAGGAGUUAGAAACCAGAUUCAUCAGAGUUGCAUCCAUAAGUGUGUUUAAUUAUUCGUUUUGUUAUAUCUGUCUUACCUACUGAAGUGAUCACUAUAAUGGACUUCUUUAGCUGAUCUCAGUUUGUUCACGACGCAUCUGAUUUGAUUCCAUAAUGCUUAUUUUGUCAUGUAUAAAGUGCAUGUCAGUUUACCAGGAUCAACCCUGCAAUCUCCAGUUAAAAGGUUCUGGUGAUAAGGAAAGCCUGAGACCCUGGAGUGAUGCUGCCAGUCAGAGUAGACAGUACUGGGCUAUAUAGUCCAGUGGUCUAACUCAGUUUAAGGUAGCUUCAUAUGUUGUAGUCUUAGAGCUAUUUACACCAUUUCUGUAAAAGAUACAGCCCAUAUUUGCAGGUUUCUAGAGGUGGUGUGUCCUCCAUUUGGAAACCAUGUGCUUUUCUAAUUCAUACUGAAUACCAUUCAUGUUAUGUUUGGGGUAAUAGCUGAUACGUUUUUGGUAAAGUUGCUUUCUUGUAAUUAAUCAUCUACAAAAAGGAUUUGCAAAACAUGUGACACUUUUUCUCUCUCUCCUUAAUGUCUUUACAGCGGCUGUGAACUUCCUACGAUCUCUGCUAGAGCCAGAUCCUACAAAGAGGCCAAACAUCCAACAAGCCUUAGCGAAUCGUUGGCUUAAUGAGAAUGGAAAAGUUCUGAAUAAUGUCACGUAUCCAAACAGGUAAACUGUGCAAGAUAAGGCUGUUUUACCAACAUGAUAAAGUUCCACUGAAGUCAUUAGGGUUGCUUGAAUGAGGAAGGGCUGCUUGAGUGAGCCAGAGGAGGUGUGUGUGUGUGUGUUUUCAAAUGUUAUCUCUCACACUCUGAUCCUGCAAAAUUCAGCAUAAGCCCUAAUGAUGGGUGAAUUCCCCUUGGCUCACUUCUGAAUUAGUUGGCAUUUAUGAGCCUGGAGAAUUUUCGAGAAAAGCUCGUCUCUGUUGUCCAAGAGAUCUCUCCUGUUUUGAAAUGUUGGUACGUGUACUGCGAUGAUGGCAAGCACGUGAGUUUUAUUUGCCCCUAAGAACUGUAGUUCCCAGAACACCAGUCAUGACCAAGAAUGACUUUGAAAUUCUGCCGUUCUACCAUUACUACCCUCCCAGAACAAAAAUACUUGGGUACAAGAGUAUCUUCGAUCUGGAUGAGGAACAGCAACAUAAAACAUUUGCAGGAAAAAGAAAUCAAAACAAUGGACUAUAUACUGGUUAAGUGGUUAAGCCAUCUGUCAUGGAUGCUUUAGCUGAGAUUCCUGCAUUUCAGGGGGUUGGACGAGAUGACCCUUGGGUCCCUUCCAACGCUAAGAUUCUAAGUUAAAGGCUGAGCAUGAGUUCUUUUGCAUCAAUGUAGUAUGUCUGCAGCUGCAGGGAAAUUUGGAUUGAGGACUCUCUGGCUCCAAUAGUGUUUGGCAGGGUAGCACAGACAGGGGUAUGUUGCUCACCUGCCAUCUCAUCGUGAGCAUCAUUGCAGGUUCCUGAAACGGGUGGUGCAUGGGGAGCUCAGCGCACUGCAGGUGUGUUGGCAGGUGCAUCAGACUGGCUCUGCCAUCCAGGCUCCCUUCCCCUCCUCCUUUUGCUCUCAGGAACCAGCAGUGAUGGGAAGGCAGGUGAGCAACACUGCCCUAAUUGCACCAUCCCACUGCCUGCUACUGUCUGGCUUUCAAUUCUCGCCCCUUAUUUGCUUUACUAUGCCAGCUCUCACUUUUGAUUCUUUUCAGUCUCUGAUAUUUCCUCAGCAGCAGGGAGCAAGAUUAGUAUUCUGCAAUGGUUUUAGGGUUGCUAGGACCAAUUCCUGGAUCAGCCCCAAAUCUCUGGUGAAACCUUGCGCAAAGUCGCGUUGCUUCCCCAGUGCCUUUGUCCCAGCCCUGUAGUGCGGAGGAUUAUAUUUCCCAACCUCAAAAAGGGGUUUGUGAGGAUAAAAACCUUUAAUCAUUGUGAGGUGCUAGUUACUAUGGAAAUGAGGGUUAUGUAACACAUGGAUGGAUAUUAAUACAGCAGAGGAGGCUGGUACCUUUCUAAGCAUCUACUGCAGAUUUUAUGUGAUGGAUAUAAGCCUUAUUGUGGCCACCCAAUAAAUUCAUGGGCUGGCUGCUUCUAACCAACAAAAGUUCGCAAAGUGUGCAAACUGAAAGAGAGAAAUGGCUGCUUUAGUAGGUGCAUCAGAGGAUGAAAUAAAUCAUUGUUGAAACAUUGUUGUUCCACUGCCUGUUCUCUGGGGCACUUUAGAUGUUAUGAGUUUUCUACACAGUAUAUCUCUUGCAGAUAGGAAUUACUUAAAAUACUGAAUAGAGGAAAGGGAACCAGAGAUUACCUUAAAAGUGGCUAAAUUCUGUGGUGCUGCUGCUGCUAUAAAAUUAAGGAGACAAACUUUGAGAGAAUCAAAUGGCCAAUGACUUAAUACCUUUUAAACUAGUGAUUAAGGUUUUGACUUACAUAUUUUACCUGUUUUAUAUCUGAAUUAUUUAUUGUCUAUUAUCAUAAAACUUAAUUUUAUCUAUUUAUGUCUGUAUGCUCUCUGUUGUUGUAUAUGUUACACUCUGGUCAGUGACUGAAAUAAAUGGAUUCAUUCAUUCUUGCAGAUAGGAAGAAAAAGCGAAUAGUGUAUGUAGAUCGUCACCCAUGAUGAUCACGCAUAAAUCUAUUUCAUUGCGUAAGCACGAAUGCAGUCAGAAUGUGUACCAAUCAAAUGUGUUGGCCCAGCUUGGUUUUCAAGCAUUUUCCAAUGUGGAACUGUUUUCCAUGUAAGAAAAUUGUAAAUUUUUCAAGCAGUCCUUAGCCAGGGUGUGUAUGUUUGUUUUUGUGUGUUAUGUUGGAUGGCAGGCAAAAUGUGUGAAGCAGAUGAGUCAUUGAACUAACGUUAUAACCUAAGGGCCCUAUUGAUCAUUUUAACAGCACAAUCCAGUCCAUGUCUACUGAAAAAUAAGCACCUCUGAAUUCAUUGGGGCUUACUCCCAGCAGAGGCGGGAGCUUACUUCAGUGGGGCUUACUCCCAGCAGCUGCUCUAGCACCUAGAGCAGUGCACAUGCUGUGUACCCGGGGGCAGGGGGUGAUGUCACCCCUCCCCUCAAGGAUGACACCCGGGGCGGACCACACCCCACACCCCGCAUCCCCCUUCCUCCGCCAGUGACUCCCAGGCAAGUGUGUUUAGGAUUGCAGACUGAAGUUCCCUCCUGUCCAUUGUCUUUGUUUCCAACAGCAGCCAGUCAAAUGCUUCUAGGUAUCUCCAAACAAUGAUGUUUGACCUUUAGCAACUGGUAUCCAGAGGUCAUCUGCCUUUCUACGAGGGUGUUCCAUUUAGUAAUUACUGAUAUUUCAUGAAUUGAUCUAAUUGCCUUUUAUAGUUCCAUGUAAACCACUGUGUAUCACCACGUCUUGUGGUGCCAAUGGGAACUUCCUUCUCUUUGCAAAUGUCCGCUUUGCAGAAGCCAUCUUCAUCGGGGCUGGAGCAGAGGAAGGAAAGGAUUAAACCCCACUCCAUCUGCUGUGAUCCUUAUAAUUACCAGCUUCCACAGUGGGUGCUAUUUGCAUUUAAACAAAACAAACAAACACCCACAUGCGUGUUAAAUGCAAAGGAACAUUUAACAUCACUUUGAAUUUGGCCCAAAGCGAUAACAUAUCAAAUAUAGGUUCCCAGGGAGGCUGUCAUUCUUGAUGUGCUAUUUCUAGGGCACUAAACAUUAUAUAUAGUGCUUAUGCUUACUGUUUAGCACCUUUAUUGGUCUUGCGGGUAUUCUGAAGCAAUGAGAAGGCACAGCAGAAAAAUAUGAGGGGAAGAUGCAAGCUACAGAAACAUUUCCCCUCAAAAUAGUUGCAUAUAAGUAUUUAUUUAUUUAUUUGUGUUGUAACUAGAUAAUGUUUUUUAAAAAACAUUUCCAGCGCUAUUUUAUAUGCACAUUAUUUUAACAAAGUGUGUGCAGAAACUAACAAAAAGUAUUUUGUCUCAACAACUUUGUUAUCAUCAGUUUGGUUAAAACAGUAUAUAGUUCUUGUUACAUGGUGGCCAUUAAGGUUUAUAUAGCAUGUCUGUUGUCACCUCUCUCUGGUGACGCUCUCCCUGGAAGAUGGAGGGGGAAAAUAACCCCUUCCCUUUUCUCUUCAUGUAGAAUCCACAUAGAAGACAUCAGCCAGAGUGUGCUGCUCUACAUGACUGAAAAGCUUGGCUAUAAGAACAGUGAUGUCAUCAAUACCGUCCUCUCCAACCGGGCUUGCCACACUUUGGCCAUCUACAUCCUGCUUAAUAAGAAGCUGGAACGCUAUUUGGCAGGCCUUAGAGUAAGUUUGGUUGAUACGAUUUAUAUCCUAUGCCCUUUUAAAAUGUGGGUUUUUUUGUGUGUUGAGGGGCUAUUGGGUUGUUUUUAUUUUUAUUAAGUAUUUUAUGGUUUUAUAUCGUGAUUUUAUUCUGUAAAUCGCCCUGAGACCCCUGGGUUUAGGGCAAUAUAUAAAAUAAUAAUAAUAAUAAUAAUAAUAGGGCUUGAAUGACCAUUCCCCAAGACUUGAACUCAGGUGCUGAGUUCUGAAGGCAGUGCAGUCAAAAUAGGGCUAUUGAAAAACAAGAGGGAGCUUACCAGCUCAUUCUGGGGAACAACGAGAUUUGCAAAAGUAGAUUUUAAAUAACUUAAAGGGAACCCUUCUCACAAAAAAGUAGAAAACCCCAAUGGCCACAGAAUAUGGAGUGUCUGUUGUGGGGUGCAGGGAGGACCAGAUGACUGUGUGGGGUAUAGAGUGGAGUAUCCAGAAUGAAGGCAUGGCUGGCCAGUGCACAUGCGCAGGAGCAAUGAUAACAGGCUGCAGUCCUCGUUUCUAGUGUGGGCUAAACUGAAAGAUAGAUACUUGACUGAUGAUGGUUCAUCACAUGGACUUUUACAAGGAAGUUAAUUCAGUCAGAAGAAAAUCUGCAUGAUUAACUAUUUAAUGAUGUAUUAAAAGUUAGGAGGAAUCGUGUUUAUAUUUUUCUUUAAGGAGACAACACACUUUGCAUUAAUUUUGCGACAGAGAAGAGUUUAAUUUUAUAACCUUGGAGAAAGAGCUCACUCCAAGCAGGUUCUCGUAGCAUUAUAGUGUCUUUAUUAUGAUAGCAAAGGCAUAGCGCUAUUUUAAAACUGUCCUUAAAAUGCAGGAAGUAAGAGCAAGGAGUAAUACGAUGUGCUCUGUGAGUUGGGAGCAAGGCAAAGCAACCUAGUGAUUUUAGUUUAUUUGUUAUUUUUAAAAGUGGCACUGGAAAGUAAAAGCCUAUAGAGCAUUUCUUGACCUCUGUGUGCCCUUUUAGCUCACAGCACAAGCCACUUAAACAAAACAGUUCUCGCCUAUGACCUCAUGCAAUAAAUCUUUAUUACUUGUUUUCCUUCAGGACAUAUAUCUGUUCCAUUCUUUGCAUUCACUUCCUGCAUAGAAUUCCCAUGGACAUCAGGGGGAAGUUUCAUGGUGGUGGGACAGAGAUUUUAUGAUCCGCCACUGACUGUUGCUUUGACAAUGCAUAUACAACAAAAGUAUGAAUUUCCCCCUAAUAUAGGGACUGUUUUGCUAAGUUAGGUAAAUUGCAUACACGCUAUGCCUUUAAAGCAUGUUCGAAGCACCCUUCUUUUUUUAAAAAAAAUUUAAAUUAUUGAUUUUCCAGAAAUUUUAAAACAAAUAAACAAACAAACAAACGUAAAUCAUAACCUUAUUUAAACCAAUCUUAUUGACAUUGUUAAAUGACUUCCUUGUAUCCCCCUGGUUGAAUUUCAGUGUAUAUCAUUUUAACGGUUUUCCAAAACCAAUAUUCUCAUAAAAUUAACUUAAUCACUUAGCAUCUUUCUUUCAUUCCCAUUCGGCAUUUCAACAUAUUAAUUUAUCACAUUACAUAUUUAGAUCCUAAGCCUAUCUGGUAUUUGCAAGCUUUUCCAAUUAAUUUAACUUAAUAUAUUUAACUAAAUGGUCUUUAAAUUUCAUCAAUUCCUCCUGGUAAUCCCCCUCCUUCUGGUCGUGGACUCUUCCAGUCAGGUCGGCUAGCUCCAAAAAAUCCAUCAUCUUCAUCUGCCAAUCUUCCACAGUUUGUUACCUUCAAAGAAUUCUGGACGCUGUAGUUUACUUCUCUCAGUUGAAAUUCAAAGUAACCCAUAGCAAACUACAGAACCCAGAAUUCUUUGAGGGGGGAAAUGCCCUUUGAAUGUGCUUUAAAGGCAUAGUGUGUAUGCAGCCUUAGUUACAAGUGGGGUCUCCAGUGUAAGAGGUGAGGAGGCAGAGCCAGUCUCUCGGCGGCGGCGGCAGUAGCAUUGCCAUUUACCAGGGCAGAGCAGCAGCAAGGUCAGUCAGCACAGGCUCACCGACAAAGCCAGUCCCGGCACUCUUGCCAGUUUGCCACACUGCCUUGACUUCACUUGCUGCUCCUGCAACAUCCAGGUAAGUGGCAAUGAUGCCCCUGCUGUCAACCAGGUAGCCAUGUCCUCCAAGAGAUUAUAAGCUAUAAAGGGCAGUGGGGGUGGUUAAAAGAGAGAAGAUUUUUUAAACAGUUGUAAUUUGUAUUUCUGCAAAUGUCAGGGUUUCACGGAGCCUUCUGAUACCGCCCUCUUGUUUCUCGGUGGCCACGUCAUUUUGGCACUCGGCACCUGAGUUUACUCUUAGAGGUAGCAAUAACUGUCAUUUUGGGGCUGUCCCCUAUGUUGGAAACAAAAACCUUAAUUCAUCAUAAGAGUAUUAGUUGAUCAAUCAGUUUAAAAAACUGAUAUAAGUUUGAAUUUAAGUGCAAAAGGGGAGGGGAAGAGUACCUUUUCAAAAUUGUACCUGCCGUUCACAGGUUUUGUCAUACCUGUACUAACAAAUUGUGUGUGUGUGUGUGUGUGUGUGUGUGUGUGUGUAAGACAAUUAUUUGGAAGCAACUUUUUGGACAGAUUUUUAACUGAUAUAGCCGUUUAACGUACUGAGGCCAGAAUGCUAAGCCCACAUGUUGUUGGGGUGUGUGUGGUUAGAAUGGUGAGUCCUUGUGUCUCCUCUGGCCUCUGCUAACUGAGAAGGCGGCUACUAGCCAGGUAGAAAACUCCGAAACUAGAUCCAAAGCCUUAAGGAUCCACAAGUGGUCCCCAUCCUCAAGCCCCUCAGCUGCGCCAACAUGGUGCUGGUACAACAACAAUAAACAACAACAACCCUACACUCCACCCUUCCAGCAGGGCUGCAGAUGUAUUGUUGAGUCCAUUGCCCUGCACUACCUGGGCUCUUUGUUAGAAUUGCUCUUCACAUGUUGUCAUCUUAUAGGCAAGAGUUGCAUGGGGGGGAUAUUGAUUUUAUUUUUGCUAGAUUCAUUCCUUUUUACAUUUUCUCCUCAGAACAUCUCAGUCUAAAUAAUCUUUUUUUCUUCUGCAUCGCUAUCACACCCAAAGUAUCAGAACUAGUUCAUAAAAGCAAUUUGGUGUACCAGAAGCUGGUUACAUUGCUCAAAGUGAAAUAGCUAUCAUCUUAAUAACUUGCUGUGAUACCAGGUUGCUUUGUGAGCCUGUAGAAAAUCACUCGCCAGCCUUCUGUGACCAUGAUAGAUUUCUAUCAGACAGUGAACACCAGCACAAUAACUCAGUUACUGUCACCUCAAUCUGAAACUCCUAGAUUAAAGAAAUGGAUUGUAGCUGUCACCUGUGACACACUUUGAGAGAGCCCAGUCUUUAUCCUCUUCCAUACGAGGAAGGUUCCAUCAAUAAUGAAGAGCACUUUCCUCUGUUAUCUCUGUCUUCUUUGAAAAGUCCAAACUCCCAGCAGUGCUACCUCAGAGCUAUAUAAAAAUUAUCAGGAAGGAAUUGUUAGCCUGUCCUUUUGAUCUACAUGAUGGUUGACUCUUUUUCUGUUAAAGUAGGUAGAGGUGCAGUUAAUGAGGAAGUUGCUUGUAAGCCCUCUGCCUUUUGGGUGUUUCUUGUUUAAAAGAGAAUUUGGACGCCCUAGAGGCUUUCCAGUUCAAGCAUCAAGGAAACUGGUUGCAUUUUUAAAAUAAUUUAAUUCCCAUGGUUAGUGCUUGUUUACCAACAUCUGAUUGGUUUCCGUUUUACCUGAAGGUGAUUAUUUUUGUGAGUAACAAGAAUUGUUAAAUGCAUCCCUAGUUAUGAUUCUAUUUGGGAGGGAAGCAUGUUAAGAAGAUCUAUAGCUGACUAUUUAUUUACAGCAAUUUCUGAAGUAAAAUAAUUGUGAGAUUGAGGCUACAGUCCUAUACCCGUUUACCUACCAUGGAUAUUUGGGCUUAACCUGUUACUAGACAAUUACAAGAUUGUAAUUUUGUUAGACUAUACUGUCAAAUAAUAACUGAGGAGGGCAGACUUCAGGCUUGUGGGAUCUACUUGAUUUUCCCCCACUAAUGUCCUGAGGAGGAAGAACCAGGUGCAAAAUAGUGACUCUGGGAAAGGACAUAUUUUCAGAACGCAAAGUAGUACUAACCACAUGCUCAGCCCAGGUCAAAACUCCACUCUUGGCUUUUUAUGAGUCAUUCUGUAUUUCAGCAGCCUAAUUUAGAAUAGGGAGGAAGCCUUUUAGAUGUUGAUGCUCUUAACCCAGAACUUGCCAAACUAUGCAAAUCACCUACCUACCCACCAGUAGAUUCCAGUCUGGCCACCCCAAUAUUUAGAGUGGAAGUAGUGAUUGCAAUUCUUUUAAACAAGUAUUUGAACUAAUCUGUGCUCUAAUUCUCCCCACAAAUACCUUACAAUUAUUAUUUAUCCUUCCAGAAGACAGAAGCUCCCGAUAAUGUGUACAUGAACCAUUGGUGUCGGAUAGAAAAAUACAAGUCAAACAAGGACACCUACGAGGUAAACCAGGUUACAAUUAUUUGGAACCAGGCAAUACUUGGGCAUUUCCCUUGACUGUUAUUUCAACUUUGGUUCAACAAAGAGUACAAACAAAAAGUCAUGCCCAGAGGUCUCUUGAAGGAUGGCUGUGCAAGAGAAACUUACCAUAUGACUCACUGCAAAACAUGCCAAGGCAACAUGGGGUAAUCCAGUUUGGCAAAUGCUGAAUAUAUCCUCAGGGAGGAGUGGGAUAUAAAUUCAAUAAAUAAAUUCAUUCAAUCAAUCAAUCAAUCAAUCAAUCAAUAAAUGGAAAUAAUACUAUCCCCAUUUUUAGAAACAAAGUCAAUACAAGUCGACAAUAGAUGCUGUUGAUAUCUUUUCUUUUCUUUUUUAAAGUAGCAACUGCUAAGCUAUUGCUAAUGCUGCACCACAGCUUGUUAUUUUCAUUUAGAGCGAUUUCAGCAUUUCCCAAAACAGAUUCUGUUUAAGGAAUAAUUCAGUGGCAGAGAACACUUUGACCAACAUUUGCUGUAAUGCCAUGUUCCCUAAUUGCCCCCUACUUACCUAAGUGGAACCAUUGUAUUUGAUGCCAUGUAUUUAUCACAAGAGCCAUAAUCCAGCUCUUUGGCUCCGGCUCAGAGAGAGUGUGCUGAUCAUACAGGGCAAUUGUACGGAGGUGCAAAGCUGAUGUAAGGAUACACAGAGUUGGUGGUGCACACAUCCCAGGGGAUGGAGUCUAUAUCAGGCAAUAUUUGAAUACUAAAUAUUUGAAUACUAAAUAUUUGGACAAUAUAGCAGGGCACCAGAAAAUUUUAAUUCAUGAAUCUAAUUAUUAGCUCUCCUUUCAUUUUUGCUUUGUUUGGGAAUUGCCCCUCUAUUGUUUCAUAGAAGUAAUACAAUAAAAAGACCUUAAAAACAAUGAACCGUCAUAGCUCAUUGAACAACAAAAUAGAUAUUUUGCUUUAGAAGUCAACCUCCAAUUCGGUGUUGUUUAGCAACCAGGUUAGGACAUAGCUUCUCUCUGGCAACAGUCCAGAAAUGCAGCCACUUUCUUCCUUCUCUGUUCUUGAAGGAGAGCAGAGCUCAUCCUGCUUCUGCUUCUGUAACUCGACUGAUGUGAACAUUCACAGCUGUAAUUUAACUUGCAAUAUUUGCAAAAAAAAAAAAAGAAUACUUUUCGAAGAUUGCUGUUAAAACCAUGGUAUUAAUUGUGAUGUUGUGUUUUUAUUAAAUUAAUUGGGCCAGUAAAUAUUUUUGCUUCACAUUUUUUCAAAAUCAUUUGCUGGCGUGUAUGUGUGUGUUUUUGUAUGUAGACAUAUAUGUACAUCUAUAUAUAGACACAACAGAUACCUACAGAGAUACAUACAUAUACACAUACAGAAAUAUGUGUGCCCAUGCACAUACACCCAGCCCAAAUGGAUAGAAUCAAAAACUAAUAGAAAGUGUGUGACUCCUAAGAUAUUUGAUCAUAUAAAGAUUUAAUAAUUAUGCCAGGGGGGAGGGGGAAUCAAUUUCCAUUGUGUCUCAUGUUCUGGCUUAUUGCAAAACUUUAUCAUCAGCACAUGUAUGUAGUUGAAACCAGCAGUUGUUGGUAGCAUGUCUUAAGGGCCCCUCGUAAUUUCAUUUGAUACAGACAUGUGAACGAGACACACAUCUCAGUGUUCUUCAGCUACUACAGCCAGACAAAACAUCCUUUUCAGCCGAGCUUGCAGCUACGGACAUCCACUUGCAAAGAGCUUUUCUGAACGUAAGAGAUACAUGAAAGCGCAUCAGAGCGUUACUAUGGAGAUGCAGCCAGACAGCUCCUAGGGUCCUCCUGCACUUUGCAGAAAAUUCUUCCGCAUCAUUUUAAUAAUGGGAAAAACAAAUGCAAAAGAAGGUUCUUCUGUCCACUAGAUACCAGAAUCCAAAGUGCAAGUGGUUUUGGUGAGGCAUGUCUGUGUCACCAUCUGAGUGAUGGGAAUCAUAGUGACCAAUAUCCAAUACUUGUCAUGAGGAUGGAUUGGAUAAAAAUUGUAAAGCAUGCUUUACAUUGAAAGUGCUACAUAAAAUAUUAUACCAACUGUUAUUAAUCCUAGGUAAUUCUUUGUAAUGCUGUCAUAGCUUCUAGUCUGACAGUUUGCUGAACUUCAGUUAGCAUCCUUCCCUGUGCAAUCAGAGCUAAACACAUAAGCUGAUAACAUGCCAAUCGCUACCAAGUGCUAGAUUUCAAGGCUGUUGAUGGAUGCUCCUUAUUUUCAUCUCGGAGCAUACGAAACCUGGGUAUCCUCUUCUAUAAAUCUGGGUGUCAGAUUGUAACCUUGGUGUUCUGGAAUCCUUCAAUUUUCAAUAGCAGUUGGGGGGUCACAUAGUUUUCACUUCUUGGCCAAUUAUUUACGAUGAUUAGCUUGAUGCACCAUCAAUUUGUGUUCAUCCCUGUCGGUGGUGGGUGGUACAGCCCAAGACCUGAGGUGCUGUAAAUCCCACCAACCUCCCAGGAUGUUUUCCUUCUGCUCCACCCAACCAAAGCUGCUCCUACUUUCCCAUCCUAGUUCUAUUACUGGUAUGAUAUGAAACCUCCAUGUACAGACACAUGAAUUGCGUUUUGGGAGAAAGAAGAUAUAAGAAAGUCACACGGUGGCAAAUUACUGGAACUGCACUACUCGCAGGAAGGAGAGGGAUCCAAAGGGGACAUAAGGUUGCUAGGCCCAAAACAGGGCUGGGGCGCCUUUUCCAGCCUGAUGAACUUGCUUCCAUUAACUUAAUGCUGCCUUUUCAAACUUGGAAUGCUGUUAAGAAGCAGUGUUUUUACUUCACCUGUUUUUGAAGCUUUCUAAAGCAGAUUCCAACAAACCAAACCGUUUUUGUUUAUGUGCUUUUAAAUUUGAAGGACAAAAAGGUCAAGGAACAGGAAACGAAGGAAGAGCCUCUUCACCCGCUUCUGAAGAAAUCAGAGAAAAAUUCCCCCACUUACAAAGAACCUCCUACCUGCCUUCUGACACAGAUACAGACUACAAAAGCUCUGCUGAAUGAUCACAAAGCUACCCAGGGUGGUGCACCAGAGAAAGGUAAGUGGAGCCAUCUUUCCACAUCUUUCUUGAUGUGAUCUAGACUUGCUUUGUAAGUUGCAGAUCAGAGAAAAUUAGGGUAUAUCACAGACUUUCACUGCCAUCCUGUACAUAUCUGCUCAGAAGCUGGCCCUGCUGUGUUCAGGAAUUACUCCCAGGUCAAUGCAUAUAGGCUUGCAGCAUUUUAGUGUGACUCAGUUCAUCUUUACUCGGGUAUAUGUCCCACUGUGUUCAGUGGGAUUACUCCCCGGUAAGGAUGCAUAGGAUAACAGCCAUCAACUUGUUUAACACAUACUAUCUCUCCCUAGGGAAUCCUAAUUGUGGCAGGGAGUUGGGGGUAUAGAAUAUUUGAAUUCUGGGACUUGUAAUCUGAUGAGGGUGAUGAUAUUUUCUCAGGACUCUUACCAUCUUAGAAUUCCCUGGGGAAGCCAUGACAGGAGACCUGUCAUGUAAACUGUUCCACAAGAGGCAUGGGAUGGUAUUUAAGUUUGGUCUUGGUCCACACUCAUAUUCUUUUUCUGCCAUUUGAUUUUAUAAUUCAUUUUAGUGCUGUAGGCCAUUCACAAACAUAACAAAGAAUAGCUGUUAAGAGCAUGGUUUUAGCAGAGCUCCAUUCCAUAUUUUACAUUUUUUGCACGUACACUUAAUAUUGUUUACAUGUAAAUAUAAAACUGUACAUUAUAAACUCAGAAAGCAUGUAUUUGUAACUAGGUGUAUUGCACAGAUAUACAUAUCAGUGAGUCACAUUUAGCCACAUCAUGCAUGGGCAGUUUUAAAUACACAUUCACUGCUGCAUAAGUUGUGAAAUAGCAGUUGACUUACAGCACUCAACAUCAAGAUGCAUCCCAGAAAGACAAAUUUGUUUGGGGAUAAUUGCAUGCUCUGAAAUGUUCUGUUUCCUGACUUCCAGUAUGUUUGAAUCAUCACUGGCUUUUCAGAUAAGAUUCCUUCCUCUAUUCAAACUUCUUAGUGCACAGUUAUCUUUCUUUCUGUCCCGGAUAAUGGUUUAAGUUUGAUUAGCUUGGGAAGGGACAUGACCACAGAUUCCCUUGGGCGGGGGGGAGAGAAGGGGGUUGACAGCCUUGACAGAACAGAGAAAUGAGAAUAGUAGAAAGGUUAGCUUUCUGAUGGGGCAGGCAGGCAAAGUGUAAGACAAAGUAGAGAAGGAAUAAGCAGGAUAACACACCUUAAGGGAAAACACAUUUUGGAUUAAACUUGUAUUUACUGUAUUGUUCUGGGGGUAUGUUUAUGUUUAGGAUUUGAAUUUCACUCAGGCAGUUUCUCACUUGAUGACUUAUAGCUGGCCUUGUCUCAGGGAGGGGGGAUCCAUGAAAGGUUUUUCUUGACUCUUUUAAAAAAUUGUUUUGUAGAUUCUCCUAGUGGCUUGAGCCCCUUCCAUGAAUCAGCUACAGCCAAGACAGGUUGUGUCACCUCCUAUUCUCUGGAAUACCUUGAAAUCCAGCAACCUGUUCCAAGGACCCCAAGGCUUACCAAGCGGCAAGAUUCGCCUCAGCAAGAGCCCUCAAGCCCUGGCAGCCAGAAUUUGGAUUCUCCUUUAAUUCUGAACAUUGUGCAUUCUUUUGAAACCGGCGACAGAGAGGACCAAAUAGACCAAAUUUCUCCCACGCAUCAGUAUCGAAUGCUAAGCUCACCAGUCAAUUUUGGUCGGAGAAGUUCCAGUGAAAGGACAUUGUCUCCGCUCUUCCAGCCAGGGGGAACUUCUCCCAGUCCUACUAAAAGUCCAGUUCAUCCUACUCAACUGUCCUUCACAUAUGACGAAAAGAGCAGUUCUUUUAGAGAGGAAGCUGUCUCUCCAACCCAGCUAAAUAAUGUCUCUAAUCCUCUGGGGAGCCCUAACUGUGUGAAAAGCAGAGGUCGGUUCCCCAUGAUGGGUAUUGGACAGAUGAUGCGGAAAAGGAAUCAGUCAGUAGGGUCACCAACAGAGAAGACGCUGGAAGCAAGAAUGCCUCAGCUGCAGCAAAUGAGCCCAACACAAAUUUCAUUCAAUAUAAUGGACCCUAUAAAUGGCCAGUGCUGAGGUGACUUUUCUGAAAACCUAAAUUUGUGUAGUGCUGUUUUCUGGGACUUUCCCAUAGAAGUAGUGAAAUGUUUUUUCCUGUGUAUUUUGUUAUCACAUUCAAUAAAGAAAUCACAAGGCCACAUAUUUCAGUGGCCUAAGACUAGUGUCAUUGGUGGGAAAGGACAAAUAUUUCAAGUGAUGUAAAGACUUACUUUUGAAGAUCUGUGUAAUCUUGCCAAGCAGAUACUUUUUGGCUGUGUUCUAAUAUUGCACAUAAGUUUAUGUCAACAACAGACCACUGGACCUAACAACUUGCUUGGACAGUGAAAGAAGAAUUUGUUGAAUUGCCCUCUGGUUUGUAAAGCUGUGGUUGAUGUACUUGUCAGGCAAUAGUUCUCUGUUUCACAGGCAUAAGCACCAUUCGUAUUACUCAAAAACAGGAAAACUAAGUUUUUUCAUAUUUCUGAAGCAAAUGUGCUCUCUUCAGUCAUGUACAGAUGAAGAAGAAACAGACCUGAAAGGACUUGGCAUAAAAGCACAAAAACCAGAGCAAGAUGCUAAUAACUGAAGCAGUUUUUACUGUCUAAUAAUUCCAAAACACCUAAAAUCAUUCUAUAUUUUUCCUAAAGGAAAUGUUCAUUUGUUAAGAGAUGCUACUAUAAGAGACAUGAUCAUCUCAGAACUAGUUUGACUGUAAGGAAAUCUUUGUUCACAUUUUCCUCCUCAUCAUGAGACAAUAGCCCAUAUUUCUAAAUGCUGUGCUUUAAAAAAACAAACACCCGGUCAUCUGUAUAGCUAUGCCAUUUCUGUGAAACUGCCUUUAGAAAAAUUGUAUACUUUCAGUUUUAGCAAAACAGCAUUGGACAUACUUGAAAGUGUUGCUGAGAAACUCUGCACUGCAUUCAGAAGAGUUAUCAAAGGACACAUCUGCUAGCUCCAGUGCCAUUUGCAAAUGGCAGGAAUGGUAAUGCAGUUGUCAUCAAAAAUUUAGUAGUGCUACGAACUGUGAUUAACUUUCGUAAAAGGCAAACAUGUUCUGUACUCUGCAGCUCUUUUUAUUUCACAGUAAAGAAAAUGUCUGAAUAAGAAAAUAGGGGUUUGUGCAAAUAAUUUGCUAUUAAUUUACAGGGUUUUAACCAAAGACUAUUCUAUGGUUUACCUGUUCCCUGCUAGCACAUGUUAUGUAUACAGGAUUGCUGAUAGUUGUUAACAUUAGACUAGCACGGUGGCAGAUUGUCACUAAUGGUUUAUGUGCUUCCCCUCUUCUUUAGCAUACACAGUAUCUAGAUGUUAAUGCCUUUAUAAAAGACAAAUCAGAAUAAGUGCUUUGGGUGGGGGGAAUUAUUGAGAGAUUGUUUUUAAAGGUAUGUUUCUGAGUCGUUUUGAUGCCUUCUUUAAGAAACCCCGAGAUCAGAUAAUCAGGUUUUUCCCGCUGAGAUUCUGUUGAUACACAUAAAAUCUCAGCUCAGCACCAAAUAUUUCUUAAAAGGUUAGGAUUGAAGAACAGCAGUGGACAGGAUGUCAGGAGCACUAGCAGUUCUUUGGCUGCAGCCAUCUUGAAAUUGGAUCCACCUGCUUGUGCAUGAGUACAUCCAAAGUAGAAGCACCCAUUGGUUGUAACACCAUCUUAGGAAUAGGUUUAUGCAUGAGAACAAUUGUUUCUGCUUCAAAGGUAGUGGUACCUUAAUCCAGUAACAGUGCCACUGACUACCUUGCAGUUUAAAGUCCAGAUCACUGAAUUUUCACAAGUGCCAUGUUAUAUCCAACUGUACAAACUGACCGAUUCACAUGUAAUGCUAAGCAAAGCCAUCGUUUAGCACAAACAAGAGAAGACUGUGCCUGCUUUUAAGCUCAUGCAUAGCCUGAACUUGUGCAAGUUUUAAUACAUUGCUCUUUGUGAAAACUAGGCCCAAGGAGAAGUAUGGGAGCAGGCCAGGCUGAAACAAUGUGCAGUGUGCUUGUGUCAAAUGAACAUCCGCAUUGGCAUAGGCCUGAAUGGCUGAAAACGUUUCAGAUUCCUCACCAUGAAAGAACAGUAUCCUACUGUGUGCCAGAAAAAAAUUGUAAGCACAUACCAUGUGCGGGCAUGUUCAUGUGCAGCUGGUCUCCGGGGGGAAAAACAGGGAGAAAUGCCCAUAUUCUUAGCCAGCACCACCCAAUUUCAGCUGCCUGAGAUUGUUCUAGCCCUUUUGAACUUGACUUCACACAAUUAAGGGUUUUUCAGACUUCAGAGAUGAAUUUUGAAAGGUCAUGGUGUUCCAGAAACUACUACAUUAUGAACCUCUACUAUCCCUGCCACUGGAUGGUUUCAUUUACAUUUUUAUCCACAUAACCGCUCUUAGACAAAGCAAGCUGCAUUGUAAGUUUAAUCAAGUUUACAACGCUGCUUAAUGUAAACAAAAAAUACCUUGUUGAAAUGGGAUUGUGGCAUGUUUUGUGUGUGCUUCAACUAUGCUUUCUGAAAAACCUCUCAGUAUUUCAAGUAGUGUCUUCAAAAUAACCCCAAAUAUUCUGAUAAGGACCCAUACACCACUGAUGUUUGUGAAGUUAUAAAAUAUAAUUGGUGGCAUUUCCCCAUAGAACACAAUAUUAAGGCACUAAUAAUCAGCAUACCGUUCUGUGCAUGCUUCAGACUUCUGUACCUGAAUGUCCUGCAAAUACUAACUUGAACUAUCAACUCAGGUUUAUUUGGAACCCAAUGAAACGUUGGGGGAAGCAAGAGAGAGCUGUAUUUUUUGUGAACAAAUGGUAAAUACAUGUAAUAGCAGAAUGAAAUAACAUUGUUGCUGAAUCUGUUUUUAUUCUGUAAUAUGAGUAUUACGCUAGUAAGUAUAACUGCGUAUGCAAUGUAUCCUACAAGCUGCUUCCUAAGGACUGAUUCACACUUGCUAACAGCCCACAUGCAAAUGCACUUUGAGUGGGGAUACGGUUGGGAUUCAUAGUACAACUGCACUCAGUUUGGCUGGUGCCAUUUGUGUGAACCGUACUGUUCUGUACAAAUUAACAAUCCAUUUUGUGAUUACUGCAAUUUGCACGACAUAUUUCCCAAGAUGCAGUAACACAGCCCAUCGUCUUCAGUCCACAACCAAGCCUGAAGCAAAAUCACUAUUAUAAUAGUUAGCAGUUCCACAUAAAGAACUGCUCCUUCACCCAAACUCUUGCCCAAUGUUCUGUCAUCACAGGUGUCUCCAGUCCUCCCUUCUGCUCCAUACAAAGGGCACUGUAGACCCAGUUUGCGGUGGCACUCUGCAGUGUGUGUGGCCACGUGGCACUGCAAUCACAUCAAGGCAAAUCCUUAUGGCAAGUCAUCUGUGUAAAGAAGCGUCUCUGUGGUUCAGUUUAGCUUAUGCUGUUCCCAGCUGGAGGGAUGGAGGGAAUUUGAGUUUGCUAAAAUGACUGUGCCAUUUGGCAAGACAAUUCACACAAGCAGCUUGUAUAGCCACCCUUCCACUGUUGCCAUUCAAAUAGCCAGGCAGAUACAUUAAUUGGACCCUAAGGCCCUAAGUAGGAGGUGAAGUAAAACCUGCUUGUGAUAAUUAAUUCCCUAGAACAGGGAGGAACAUUCUAAAUGCUGGAUCAGUAGGAAAAUCGCUGGUGGCCAGUCCCGAAGCCCAAGUCUUGAGCUGCAGACCUUUUGUCACAGUUCUUGAUGGAUUGUCUUAGCACCUUUCAGUUUUGCUUUAUGGUUCAGAAAGAAACACCCAUUUUUUCCAAUUAAAAAAUAAAUAAAUUUGUCCCUAUUCAGUACAAUGGAAAAGCAGUUCUGCACAAAAGGGCUGUUUUACACACACACACACACACACACACACACACACACAGCAUGUCCCAUCAUCAACAAGCAGUGGAAAUAAGCAUGCUUCUUUCUUUGCAGCUGUUACAAACAGAAUGGUUGGUUAUGGUCUGCAACAAGCAAGUGGAGGGGAAGGUGAUUAACAGCAUCCAGCUGAACAUCACACUU